GGGGGGAGGGAAGACCAGAGCUUUGAGACAAGGAAGAGUUUCCUGCUCUGAAGAGGUGUUAGACCCUGAGGGCUGAGAGGACGGGAAGCAGGCCUCUGUCCCCAGAGCCUCCCCAUGCUGGGGGAGGGGGUGAUUUAUGACCCCUGACCUGGCAGGGCCUCCAGUCCCUUGGACUGGGUUUGGGUUCAGCUAUAUCUUCCCUGGCUAAGGGAUAUAUAAAAUGAGAUCUGGGCUUGGAGUCAAGAGACCUGGGUUUCUGUACCGUCUCCACCAACUAUCAGCUGGGUGACUUAGGAAAGUUUCUUAGCCUCUCUAGGCCUGUUUCCUCACUGGACAGGUGGGUCUGAUAAUCCAUGCCCAGCAGAGGUUAUAGUGACAAUGAGUAUGAUCAUGUAGGAUAGAUGAUUGCAAAAUACCAUAAAAUAAAGAGCAUUUUCUCCCCUGGAGCGCUUUCUCCUAUCCAAAGAAGGUUAUAAGCUGGUUUCUGUUAAGGCAGACUUGGUUGAGCACCUACUGUGUGCCAGCUGCCAUUUGGGGUGUUGAGGAUAAAAAGACACAAGUCCUGUUCUUAAAUGAGACAGACAAAUAGACGUGCAGCAUGUAAUUGAUUGCAGCGUUUGGAUACAUAGGCCAAGAAUGUGGCUCUGGAGCCAGCCUGCCUGGAUUCAUUUCCCAGCCCUGCCACUUACUGGUUGGGUGGUCCUAGGCAAAUUACUUAAUCUCUCGGUGCCUCAGUUUCCAAAGUCUGCACAGUGGUAGCAGUAAUUACCCACUGCAUAAGAUUGUUGUGAGGAUGAAAUGAUUUAAUACUUCUAAAGCAUUUAGUAUAUGCCUGUCAUACAGAAAGUGCUCAAUAAAUAAAGUUAUUAUUAUAGGGGCUGAUAAAGUCAACAUGGAGUGGGGAGGAGGUGGCGAGCCAGUACUGGAGUUGAGGAAGACUUUAUGAGUUGAGUUGAGUCUUAAAUGAUAAGUGUGAAUGAAGCAGCAACAGGGAGGGUGGGGUGCCUCAUGGCUGUAAUCCCAGCACUUUGGGAGGCUGAGGCAGGUGGAUCACCUGAGGUCAGGAGUUUGAGACCAGCCUGGCUGGCCAACGUGAUGAAACCCCAUCUCUACUAAAAAUACAAAAAUUAACCAGGUAUGGUCCUCCCUAACCCUUCUUCCCCCACACUCCGCAUCACUCCCCUCCCUAUCCACCUUGAGGGUCCUGGUAAAAGUCCCAGGCCUGUAUAGUCCCAGCUACUUGAAAGGCUGAGGCAGGAGAAUCACUUGAAUCUGGGAGGCGGUGGUUGCAGUGAGUUGAGAUUGUGCCACUGCACUCUAGCCUGGGCCACAGAGUGAGACUCCAUCUCAAAAAGCAACAACCACCACCACCAGGGAGGGUGAUUCUGGCGGGGGGUACCAUGUGAGUGAAGGCAUGAAAAGAAAAGAGCACUCGCUACUCCAGAUAACUGUGAGAGAGGCUUCAGCUGAGAUGCAGUGAAGAUGAGGCUACGGCUGGGACUCAGAGUUCUUGUAAACUGUGUUAAGAUGUUGGGUCAUGAUCCCGUAGCUGAUGGAGGGUUUCUCGUGAGGGAGAAACAUCAGAUUUUGAUUUUUCUCAAACACCCUGGUGGAAGUGUGGAGGAUGGAGUGGAAGGGUAGGGCUGAAGGCAGUGCAAUCACACUGCCGAUGGUGUAGCAGUGUCUCAAUGACUCAGGGAGCAAAAUGAGCGAAAUGUUUCCCACCCCUUUGAAUUGUUUUGAGGGUUGGCUGAGAAUGAUACCCACAAAGGGUAUGGCGCAGCUAAUGGAAUGGUAGCUCUAAGUACAGUUAAAUGCUGAGAGUCUGAACUGUGGCAGUAACAGAAGGGUUGGAGUAGGAGACCGAUUUGAGAAACAUUGAGAAAGUAAAAUCUCCAGGAAUCAUUGACUGACUGGGUAUGGGAGUGAGAGAAGAGGCGUCAAAGGAUUUCUUAAAUGUUUUUGAAGGAAUAUGGUGUAUGGAAGGCACUGUGAUUUUUAAAAUCACCAUGUCGGGACCAGGUGCAGUGGGACACACCUGUGAUCUCAGCAUUUUUGGAGGCAGAGAGAGAGGAUAGUUUGAGCCUAGGAGUUUGAGAACAGCCUGGGCAAUGUGGCAAAACUCAUCUCUACAAAAAAAUAUAAAAAUUAGGCCAGGUGUUUCACAUCUGUAACCCCAGCACUUUGGGAAGCCAGGGUGGGCAGAUCACUUGAGGUCAGGAGUUUGAGACCAGCCUGGCCAACACAGUCAAGCCCUGUUUAUACUAAAAAUAGAGACAGCACAGUGGCCUGCGCCUGUAAUCCCAGCUACUCGGGAGGCUGAAGCAGGAGAAUCUCUUGAAUCUGGGAGGUGGAGGUUGUGGUGAGCCGAGAUGGUGCCACCACACUCCACCCUGGGCAACAGAGCAAUAGUCCAUCUUAAAACAAAAACCCAAAAAGUUAGCUGGGCAUGGUGUUGUGUGCCUGUAGUCUCAGCUCCUUGGAAAGCUAAAGUGAGAGAAUUAGUUGAACCCAGGAGGCAGAGGUUGCAGUGAGCCGAGAUGGUGCCGCCACACUCCAGCCUGGGUGAUGGAGGGAGACUCUGUCCCAAAAACAGACGACAACAACAACAUCACCAUGUCUGUGAGCUGACUCAUUCAGCUGGUGGUCUAGCUUCCAGCUUCAUUCAUCCACCAGCUCUUCCAUGAGCACCUACUAUGUGCAAGGUACCUUUCUAGGUGCUGGGGCUAAAAAACAAAGCAGAGCUGGUCCCUGGCCCCCUGGAGCUCACCAUUCAUACAGGGAGGACAUGAGGAAAUAAUCUGUUUCAUCAAAUGACCAGAGACUGGUAGGGCCUCCGGAGCUGCCCCAGGCAGAUUCUUGGUGGUUUGUAGACUUCUCAAAUGAACAUUCCCAAAACCAGAUUCCCACACUCAACCCCACUGCUUUCAGGUUCCCCUGCCCAGGAAAUGGCACCACCACCCUGCAGGUGCUCAGGCCAGAAACCCGAGUGUCCAUGUUACCCCACCACUGAUCCCAUCCAUCUGCUGCAGCUCCUGUGACUUUUGUCUCAAGGACAUAUUUGUAAUCCAUCUUCUGUUCUCUCUGUUUUCCCAUCUUAGUCCAGGCUGCCAUCACUCCUGCCUGGAUGUCACAUCUGAUGCCUAAGUUGCCUUCUUGCUGCCUGUGCCUCUAAUCCUUAUCCCACACAGCAGUCAAGAAUAGGCUUCUGCAAAGGCAAACCACACCCCCGCAAUUCCACUGCUGAAAACCUUGCUUUAGUAGCUUCCCACCACUUUGGAGUGAAACCAGAAGCCUAGGCACGUCCUCAAAGCCAGCACACGUCUGGCCCUGCCCUCUUCCAACCUCCUCCUCCAAGUCUACACCCUUCUUCCCACUGUGCACUGGCGUUUUAGUUCUUUGAGCCACCAAACUCCCUCUCUUGGAGAUGCCCUUUCCUUCCUUCUUUGCUGGGCUUCUUUUCUUCUCACCCUCCCAGUCUCAGCUGGUAUCUUCCCUCCUUAAAGAAGUAUCCCUGCCCAUCUUGGCUAAAGUACAUCUACCCUGUCAGGUUGUUUUUUGUUGUUUCUAUUUUGAGAUGGAUUCUUGCUCUGUCACCCAGGCUGGAGUGCAAUGGCACAAUCCCAGCUCACUGCACCCUCUGCCUCCCAGGUUCAAGCGAUUCUCCUACCUCAGCCUCCUGAGUAGCUGGGAUUACAGGCAUGCACUACCACGCCCGGCUAAUUUUUGUAUUUUUAGUAGAGAUGGAGUUUCACCAUGUUGGUCAGGCUGGUCUUGAACUCCUGACCUCUGGUAAUCUACCUGCCUCAGCCUCUCAAAGUGAUGGGAUUACAGGUGUGAGCCAUCAUGCCUGGCCCACUGUCAGUCUUUCUCUGCACUGUUUGUUUCCCUCAUAGCACUUUGUAAUUAUUUUAUUUGUUGAUUUUUAUGUCUGUCUACCUUCUCCAGAGAUCAGGAUCUCCUAAAGGCAGCAUCCAGGCCUGUCUUGUUCCUUAGGAUUCCUAUAGCCUAGUAGGAACCCUAUAUCCUACAGCCUGCAGUACCUGCCAGAGCCAGCCCUCUGUUCAUGUUGCCGAAUACUGAGAUUCAGUGGAUUCAGACGGCUCUGCUCAGUCUAUCACCUGCAGUGACUCCCAGUCCCCCUUUUGCUCACACAGAAUCAUGCUCUCUCCUCUCCCCAGCCUCAGUGGAAUAACUUGUGGGUUAUCUUGUCAUCUAUCAAUCUCUAAUAAAAACCAGCUUAUUUUUAGAACAGGUGAAAGCAACGAUCUAACAUCUCUGAGAGGAUUUUCCACUCCCAUCUGCCUUUCUACUACAAUUUGGUUUCCUGUGGUGGUUGCAGAGGCUGCCAAACCAGCCAGCUUUGUUUUUCUGGAGUGCAGAAAAGAAUCUCAAAAGAAAGCCAAGCCCCCUUUCUUCCACCUGCAUAAAGAAAUGAGGUGUGUAGUGUAAGUGCCUGGUGUACAGUGGGAAGCCUGCACAAGUGAGAGGCCUUGUGCUCCUCACUUGCUGUGUGACCUUGGACUCAUUACUUUCCCUCCCUGAGCCUCAAUUACCCACCUGUAAAAGGAAGGGGUUGGAGCAUUAAUCACUAAAGGUCUGCGACAGCUAAUUUUUUUUUUUGAGACAGUCUUGUUCUGUUGCCAGGCGCCAGGCUGGAGUGCAGUGGCACGAUCUCCGCUCACUGCAACCUUCGCCUCCCGGGUUCAAGCAAUUCUCCUGCCUCGGCCUCCCGAGUAGCUGGACUACAGACACGUGCCACCACGCCCAGCUAAUUUUUUAUAUUUUAGUAGAGAUGGGGUUUCACUAUGUUAGCCAGGAUGGUCUUGAUUGCUUGACCCUGUGAUCCGCCUGCCUCGGCCUCCCAAAGUGCUGGGAUUACAGGCGUGAGCCACCGCGCCCGGCAAGCCAGCGGUUCUUUUACAUUCCUGGACAUCAGCUACGUGGCAGUCCCAGUUCUUUCUAUGAAGUGAAAUGUCAUUUGUGCCUCUUUUAGUGCAUGUGCAGUUUCAUACAAAUUAACACAAAAUAAGAACCCAGAGGCUCUCGAUCACAGGACCCAGGUCUAGGCAGACCUGGGAUGAAAGAAGAAAUGUAGCUCAUGUUUUCAAAACGGCUUGAUGUCUUUCCCAACAUCCCACUCUACAGAGAGGAAACAGGAGGGAAAGUGACUUGCCUGAGGUCAUGUGGCAAGACACUGACAAAGUACAAUUAGCAGCCAGGUCUCCAUUCUGGCACUUUCCUUACCUCAUCUUCCUGCCUUUUAACCAUAGGCCUGGGGCUAGAACCUAGCUCUAAGGAAAGUUUAUCCUUCAGUUGACACAAAGGGGACUGAGAUAAGCUUCUUAAAGAAGUUCAAACAAGAUACUCUUGUUGUUGUUGUUGUUGUUGAAACAGGGUCUCACUCUAUUUCCAAGCCAGAGUGCCUUGGUGUGAUCAUAGCUCAGUAAAGCCUCCAUCUCCUGGGCUCAAGCAAUCCUCCCACCUCAGCCUCCUGAGUAGCUGGGACUACAGGUGCAUGACACCACACCCAGCUACUUUUAAAAAACUUUUGUAGAGAUGAGGUCUCGCUAUGUUACCCAGGCUGGUCUCAAACUCCUGGGCUCAAGCAAUCUUCUCGAAGACCUAGGGUUACAGGUGUGAGCCACCACACCCAGCCCCCAAAUACUCUGUCUUUGAAGCAGGGAGAGGUGAUUAUUUUGAUUAUGUGAUUGGGGGGAUGAAUUGGAAUGAAGUUGUGGAGAGACCAUUCCAUCUAGGGGGACCAGCUUAUGCUAAGAAAAAAGCACAGCAAAGCUCAGAAGUUGUUUAUAAAGACAACUUAAAGACAUGCCGGCUGGGCACAGUGGCUUAUGUCUGUAAUCCCAGCACUUUGGGAGGCCGAGGAGGAUGGAUCACCUGAAGUCAGGAGUUCAAGACUAGCCUGGACAACAUGGUGAAACUCCAUCUCUAUAAGAAUACAAAAAUUAGUUGGGUUGGUGGCACGUGUCUGCAAUCCAAGCUACUCGGGAUGCUGACGCACAAAGAAUCACUUGAACCCAGGAGGCGGAGGUUGCAGUGAGCCGAAUCGUGCCGUUGCACUCCAGCCUGGGCAACAGAAUGAGACUCCAUCUCAAAAAGAAAAAAAAAAAAGACAUGCCUCCCCACUCUGUCCCCUUCUAACCAGAAUGUACCCCCCUCCCCACCAAAUCUCAUUUAAUUAGAAAUUCUGGAAUGUCCAUUACCUGUAAGAUAGAGCACAUGUAGAGAAAUCAUGAAAAAGAAGUCUGUAUAGAUACCUGGGACCAACUUGUAGAGCCUGAAAUGGCAAGCUUAGGAAUAUGGACUUUAUUCUGAAAGCAAUAGGGAGCCAUUGAAGGUUUUAUGGCAGUGAGAGAAGUGAUCAGAUUCAUAUUUAGGGUGACCUGAUUGCCUGCUGUUAGCAAGAAAAUCAGUCUAAGAUUGGGGCAAUAGUUCCAGAGGUAAAGGCAAAGGCGUGAACCAGGUCUAAUAGCAGGGAUGGAGAUGGGCAUUUGUCUGAAUGGAGCAGACUGAGCCUAUUCGGAUGGGGAAGUGAGGGAGAGGAGCAACUGUGGGUUCUAAUGAAUACAGUGAGCAAGUGCGCUAAGGCCCCUCUGUCCUUUUCAUGACUGGCUAUUUCCCCAAGCUAGUGCCCAUGCAGAAGGUGACACUGGGUUCAGUGGAGCAUGGAGCAACUGCCUGGUGGCAAUACAGGACAGAGGGCAGACUGACUUUAUUCCCUGGAGACUUUUAUUCUAUUCUUUGGGCUUAUUAAGGAAAGACUUGAGGCCCUUGGGGGCCCACAAGUCAGGUAUUUCUUUAACAUUCAUUCUUUAACAUUCACUAGGACAAAGUUCUGGUGUAGUAGACAGAUAUAUUGAGGCCAUAUUUUCUGAAUAUCAAACUGGGACACAUGAACUGCAUAGGAGUUUUUCAGAUUUGACAUUUAUUUAUAUGAAAAGUCAUUUAAUGACAUUUUUUUCUUUUUUUUUUUGAGACAGAGUUUCGCUCUUGUUACCCAGGCUGGAGUGCAAUGGCGUGAUCUUGGCUCACCACAACCUCCGCCUUCUGGGAUCAAGCAAUUCUCCUGCCUCAGCCUCCUGAGUAGCUGGGACUACAGGCACGCGCCACCAUGCCCAGCUAAUUUUUGUAUUUUUAGUAGAGACAGGGUUUCACCUUGUUGACCAGGAUGGUCUCGAUCUCUUGACCUCGUGAUCCACCCGCCUCGACCUCCCAAAGUGCUGGGAUUAUAGGCGUGAGCCACCAUGCCCAGCCUAAUGACAUAUUUUAUGGGUUGAAUUGUGUCUCCUCAAAAUAUAUGUUGAAGUUCUAACCCCUAGUACCUCAGAAUGUGACCUUGGAAACAAGGUCGUGGCAGAUAUAAUUAGAUCAGAUAAGGUCAUACUGGCGCAGGUCCCAUAUAACUGGUGUCAUUAUAUGAAAAGGAGAGACACACAGGGAAAAUGCCACAGGGGGAUGGAGGCAGAGACUGCAGCAAAAACCAAGGGAUUCCAAGGACUGAUGGCCACCACCAGAAGCUAGGAAGGGGCAAGGAAGGACUCUGCUCAGAUUCUCAGAGACAGCACAGCUCCAAGGAUGUCUUGAUUUCAAUGUCUGGUCUUCAGAACAGGGAGAGAAAACAUUUUCGUUGGUUGAACCUCCCAGCUUGUGGUAUUUUGUUAUAGCAGCCUAGGAAACUAAUAGCAUCUAAAUUAGGCUGGGCACAGUGGCUCAUGCCUGUAAUCCCAGCACUUUGGGAGGCCAACGUGGGUGGAUCGCCUGAGGUCAGGAGUUCGAGACCAGCCUAGCCAAUAUGGUGAAACCCCAUCUACUAAAAAUACAAAAAUUAGCCAGGCGUGGUGGUACAGGCAUGUAGUCCCAGCUACUUGGGAGGCUGAGGCGGGAGAAUCGCUUGAAUCCAGGAGGCAGAGGUUGUAGUAAGCUGAGAUUGUGCCACUGCACUCCAGCCUGGGGUACAGAGUGAGACCAUGUCUCAAAAAAAAAAAAAAAAAUUAAAUCACAUGUUAUUGUUUGUUUGGGCCCCCACUGGUCACCACUUAUAAGGGAGGGCUCUUCUCUAGAGCAAUGGUGCCCAGUCCCAGGGCAGUGCUUUGAGGGGCUUUUUGUCUGGGCCCUAGCUGCUCCCUGGCCCCUCCACUCAGCAACUUCCCUCCCCUCCCCUCUCAGCUCCAGCACACCAUCUUCUGUUUGGGCUUUUCCACCCGUUUCUCCCUCCACAUGUCCCCGCUUCUCUCCCGACACCGGCUCCCACCUCCCCUUCCUCAGUGGAGUAGAUAAGAGCAGACUGCCUGGUUUCAAGUCCUGGCUGUGCCAUUUCCUAGCACCAGCAGUGAGAACUUGGGCAAGUCCUUAUCUACCAAAUGCCUCAAUUUCCUUACCUCUAAAAGGGGAAUACUAGCAGUUCCUAUCUCAUGGGUUGUUUGAGAAUGGAAAGGUAUUAAAAAGCCUUAUGUGGGCUUAGCUCUUUACUCUGUCUUGUAGUAAGCACAUGAAAGUGGUUGUUGCUGUUAUUGUUAUUAUUAUUUUAGAGACAGGAAGUGCAGUGGCAUGAUCAUCCUGCACUAACACUUCAAACUCCUGGGCUUGGGUGAUGCUCCUGCCUGUCUCCAUAGUAGCUAGGACUACAGGCACAUGCCACCACACCUGGCUAAUGUUUAAAUUUUUUGUAGUGAUGGGGUCUUGCUGUGUUGCUCAGGCUAGUCUCAAACUCCUGGCAUCAAGCGUUCCUCCUGUCUUAGCCUCCAGAUUAGUUGGGACUACAGGUAAGUGUCACCAUGCCCAACAAUUUUUUUUAAUUUAUAUUUUUGGAGAGACACGGUCUCAUUAUGUUGCCCAGGCUGAUCUCAAACUCCUGGCCUCAAGCGAUCCUCCCACCUCAGCCUCCCAAAGUGCUGGGAUAACAGGUGUGGGCCUCCAUGCCUGGCCUAGAGUGGAUGUUAUUACCUGCUUUCCUGUUGGCCUCCAGAAUGCCUCCCUGACCACUGGCUUAGCCUCUCGCUGGAUUGUGUUACCCACAUGGUAUUGGAGCUGUCUGCUCUGCCUGCCUCUUCCAGAUCAUGUUCCUCUCUGGGUAGGAAAGGGGCUAUUCUUCACCCUCAGGUCCUAGCACAUAGCAGGUGCUCAAUGAAUGCUUGUUAAAUAACCCGUUAAGCAGAGAAUUGGCUGAGGCCAAGAAGGUCAGGGUUGUAGAGGUUGGGGACAGCUUUCAUAGGAUAAUGUGCCCAUCCUUCUAGAAGUGAGAGUCUUACUCUAGGUUCUGAGAGCAUGAGAAGGAAAGUGUGAACCAGAGAAAACAAGGCAGUGGGCAGAACCCCAAACUCUGCUGCAGCACCCCGACCUUGCCCCCAACCCCAGUACAUCCUGCUCUCCUGUGAUGCCCCCUCCACACUCUGUUGCCCACGCACACCUGCCCUGUCCCCAGGCAGCAGCUUCCCCUGACACACAUUUUCCACUGCUGGGCGGCGCAGAGCAGGUUACAGGUGAAAACGGUUUCCUUUCCUGAGUCCUUUCCCCACCUCCCAGCCCCACUCCCUGGCUUGGUUUCUUCCCUGCAGAACAUACCUCCCCACAGUCCCUGACUUCAGUGGCACAGGGUCCAUUGGGAGCCAGAACAUUCACCUAGGUUCUUGAAUCAGGUACAGAGUGUAGUCAGGACCUUGGCUCUGCUGCAUUUGCACUGUGUGACUCUGGGCAAUCCCCUUUGGCCCUCUUUCCCCAUCUGUAAAAAGGAAUAGUAAUUCCAGUCCCUUGGGACUGUUGUAGGGAUUAAAUGGGACAAGGGAGGGAGUGUGAAGGAGUUUAUCAAUCGAUUAUUUGUGGGGACAGGGCAGGAGCCCAGUGGAAGUAGGAGAGGUCCCCUUCUGCGGGUCCAGUACUGUGCCAGCUACUGAGAGGUUGUGAGUAUUUAGAAUCUAGUGUGUGUUCAGGAUGGGGGAGGCAGACUCCAGUGGACAGCAUCCUAGCCUGGGAGUAAGAGAGCUGGCUUUGGAUCCCCCAACUCUGUGUAACUUUGGCAUGUCUCUUCUCUUCAGGCCUCAGUUUCCCUGACUUACAAUAAGGGGACUAACUAACUUGGAUGCUCUCCAGGUCUGACAUCCCAGAGCCUGCACUGUGCCAAGAGAAGGCAAGGCCAGGAAAGAAUGGUGCAAACUUCCAAGUUGACACCACUCCUAAGUCACUCUUGCUGAGAACCUGGGGUGAAAUCUUGGCUGGAUUUCCUCCCAUCAGCUUCUGUCACAGGCUCUUUUUGGUCCCUGGCGGGUCUGAAUCACUGCUCAUCUCAUCAGCCAGUCUUCUUUCUUCUGGCUUUACAAGCCCCUGCCCCUCUUUGUUGUUUUUUUUUUGUUUUUUUUUCCCCUGCUCCUCUUUGAAGACCAGCUGCAGUGUUCCUUCCUCCAGGAAGCCUUCUCUGACUCCCUCUGGCAGAAUUAGGCAUUUCCUCCUUGGAGCUCUCACUGCCCCUCCUAGAAGCCUCCAUCACUGCACUUACCUCCCUUGCUUAGACUAAAUGUCUGAACACCUCACCAGGUUUAAAGGCAAGAACUGAGUCUUACUUGCGGUUGCAUGUCAAGCACCACACAGGACAGUCAGUGGUGAUAAUGGGAGGAUGGAUGGAGGAAUGGGGAUAAAAUAAAUGAAUGGAUGAAUGAAGGAACUGAGAGAUGGAUGGCUGUGCAGGCUAUGGAUAAAAGGUUUUAUGAAGGGAUGAAUAAUUGAUGAAGCGAAUAGGUCAGCAAAUAAUUAGCUACUGAUAAUUAUUUUUUUUAGACAGAGUUUCACUCUUGUUGUCCAGGCUGGAGUGCAAUGGCACGAUCUCAGCUCAACACAACCUCCACCUCCCAGUUCAAGUAAUUCUCCUGCCUCAGCCUCCCUAGUAGCUGGGAUUGCAGGCAUGGGCUACCACACCUGGCUAAUUUUAUAUAUUUUUUUAGUAGAGAUGGGGUUUCUUUAUGUUGGUCAGGCUGGUCUCGAACUCCCAACCUCAGGUGAUCCACCCACCUUGGCCUCCCAAAGUGCUGGGAUUACAGGCAUGAGCCACCGCGCCCAACCUGAUAAUUAUUUUUAGCACCACAUAUCACCACUGGAGUCUGCCUGGACUCCAGUGGACAAACACAUGCCUGGACUUGCCAGCACAUUCCCCUUGCUUCCGUGAUUCUAGGGCUCUGGUUUCCCCUCCAAUACAUGGGUGUUGGCCAGAGAAUCCUCCCAUGACUCCACAUGAGAGCCUGGGGUAAGCUGCCCAUUAGAAUGUCCUACGUUUCUCAACCCACUUUAAUUUCUCAAGCAUCAGGGUGAAGGUGAUGGUGAUGAAGUCACUGUGAACUCGGUACUACACAAGGCUUGGGAGUGGGUGUUUCUGGAUGUUUUGGCUAGGAGGAAAUUACUGACCAUGACACUAGCAAAGAUGCCAAGAUGACCCACUGGCUACUUUUCCUGUGCCUAGUCUCGCUUCCCCUAUCCUUCCCACAUCCAGUACAGCCUGUACCUUCACCCACAAACAACACUCUCCUCUGCAGAAAGAGAAUUUUACAGCUGACCUUGAGUCCCUAGCUCUCUUCUGCCACCUGCUCCAUGCAUGCCACCUCAGAGAUCCCAGAAGAAUAGGGGUCAGAACCCAGCUUGAGGCUGGGCAUGGUGGCUCAUACCUGUAAUCCCAGCACUUUGGGAGGCCAAGGCAGGCAGAUCACCUGAGGUCGGGAGUUGAGACCAGCCUGGCCAAUGUGCUAAAACCCCGUCUCUACUAAAAAUAUAAAAAUUAGCUGGGUGUAGUGGUAGGUGCCUGUAAUCCCAGCUACUCGGGAGGCUGAGGCAUAAAAAUAACUUGAACCUGGGAGGUGGAGGUUGCAGUGAGCCGAGGUCACGCCACUGCACUCCAGCCUGGGCGACAGAGCAAGACUCUUGUCUAGAAAAAUAAAAAAUAAAAAAAAUAAUGGAACCCAGUUUGGAGGGUUGCUGCCUUUCCUUCAGUCUGUACCCUAGAGUCAGUUGAUAGUGGCAACACUAUGGGACUUGGGGUCAGAAGGCCUCAGUUCAAGUUUUGACUUUUUAGCCCUUGUCAACUGCUUCACUCUGGGACGAGGGGCCCAGAGGUAAACAGGACAGCAAAGAGAGACAGGCUUUGGGAUCACGCAGAUGCAGGUUCGAAUCCUGCUCCACCAGGGAGUUACUGUGACCUCAGGCAAGCGAUUCACUCUUCUGAGUCUCUGCCUUCUCGUCUAUAAAAUGGGAGAAGAGUACCAUCACCUCCCACCUCCCAGAUGCUGUUCAUCCUCUAGCCAUGUGUGAUGAUGGAAAAGCCUAAUUCUGCCCAAGAAAGUCAGAGAAAGCUUCCUAGACAUUUUUUCUGUCUUUAAAAUCUCAAUAAUUUUUAAAAUUCAUUAUAAUGGAUAUUACAUAUUGAUAAUAUUUUGAGACAUUGGGUUAAAUAUGUUACUAAAAUAGAAAAGAAAAGAUGCUGCUCAAAAGUCCUCUGCUGUGCAGCCAUCCCAGCCUCUCCUACAGUUUGGUGGCUUCUCUCCUGCCUUGCCACAGGGUUUGCAUGUGCCUCUAUUACAGCUUUUAUUUAUUUUUUUAUAUAGCUCAGUCACCCAGGCUGGAGUGUAGUGGCGUGAUCUCAGCUCACUGCAGCCUCCACUCCUGGGUUCAAGUGAUUCUUGUGCCUCAGCCUCCCAGGUAGCUGGGAUUACAGGCAUACACCACCAUGCCUGGCCAAUUACUGUGUUUUUUGAUGGAGAUGGGGUUUCACCAUGUUGGCCAGGCUGGUCUUGAACUCCUGACCUCAAGGAAUCCACCUGUCUUGGCCUCCCAAAGUGUUGGGAUUACAGGCAUGAGCCACCACACCCAGCCUAUUACAGCUUUUAGAAGUUUUAUUGUAGUUGUCUGUUUAGGUGUCUGUCUCUCUGACUAGCCUAGGAGCUCCUUAAGGGCAGGGACUAUAUCUUGGUCAUUUCUACUCCUAGUUCCUUGCAUACAGCCUGGCACACAGCAGAUGCUCAGCAGUAGUUAAUAAAGUGGAUGACUAUAUUCAUGUGACAGCAGUAUGAAUUGCAGUGAGAAUUUUAUUAUUUACCAUACCUGGAGUUCUAGGUGAAAACAACAGGAUGCAUGCCACAUCAAUUGUGGUCAAGGCUCUGGCAGGAAACAGUUUUGUAAAAAGUUUAAUGAAUGGACUAUUAACAAAGGUGUGGGCAGAGUUUAGGAGAACCAGGGGGAAUGGUGCAGUACCCCAGGGCUGGCAAUAUGGGAAGCUGUUACCAACUGUGGCCUGAAGGGUGGGGAGGGAGAGGUCACCUGGACCCAUGGCCAGAGAUGUAUGCCCAGGGCUGCCUGAUAGGAGCUGUAGGCUUUGGUUGAGGCACACAGCCAAGGUGGCAAUCCUCUGCAGGAAGGGGCUGGGAAAUAAAUACCAGUCCCUGUUUGCCUCACCCAGUCAGAAGCCAGAGGGCAAUGGGGGCCAUUUAUGUCACCUACAAAGGCAACCUAUCAAGGUACAGAACAGGUUGAGGAAGGGCAGAGGGGAGUUCUAGAGGAGCAAACAGAGAUUCAGCAUUAGAAAGAGCAUAGUACCCUCAGGAUCUUUAAGGACCUCUGGAUAUGCUUAUAAAAUACAAUAAAUGCUGGGCACCGUGGCUCACAACUGUAAUCCCAACAUUUUUCAAGGCCAAGGCAGGUGGAUCACUUGAGGUCAGGAGUUCAAGACCACCCUGGAUAACAUGGUGAAACCCUGUCUCUACUAAAAAUACAAAAUUAGCAUCCGGGCACAGUGGUUCAUGCCUGUAAUCCCAGCACUUUGGGAGGCCAAAGUGGGUGGAUCAUGAGGUCAGGAGUUCAAGACCAGUCUGGCCAACAUAGUAAAACCCCGUCUCUACUGAAAAUACAAAAAAUUAGCCGGUGUGGUGGUAUGUGCCUGUAACCCCAGCUACUUGGGAGGCUGACACAGGAGAAUCACUUGAACCCGGGAGGCAGAGGUUGCAGUGAGUCUAGAUGGCACCACCGUACUCCAGCCUGGGUGACAGUACAAGACGCCGUCUUAAAAAAAAAAAAAUUUAGCUGAGCAUGGUGGCACGCGCCUAUAAUCCCAGCUACUUGGGAAGCUGAUGCAGGAGAAUUGCUUGAACCCAGGAGGUGGAGGUUGCAGUGAGCAGAGAUGGCGCCGUUGCACUCCAGCCUGGGUGACAGAGUGUGUCUCAGUCUCAAUAAAAAAAAAAGAAAAAGGAAAAAAAAAAAACAAUAAAUGACUAUACCCAACAAUAAUCAUUAGCCCUUAAGUGCCUACUGUGUGUCAGGUGCUGUGCUAAUCCAUUUUCCAGUUGUGGAAACUGAGGCUCAGAGAGGCCAAGCAACCUGCCCAGAGUCACACAACAGGAAGCAGCAUAGCCAGGACUGGAACACAGGUGGGCCCCAGAGUGCAGGUUCACAUUGCCUCUUAGCAACUACCUAUUGCUAGGUACUAUUUCCAAUCCAAAAAAACUCUGCAAGAUCAGCGUUUUUUCCCAGAAACAGAGAGGUCAGGUGAUUUCUUCAGGCAACACAGCUCAUAGGGGUUGGGGGUAGGGGAAGGGAAGCAGGGUUGGAGAGUUUGCCAUUAGUUGGAGCAGGUGACUGGCAGAUUGCACGGUGGCAGCCUCAGGGACUUUUUUAGCCUCAAUGGGUGGAGCCACCUCUCACCAGGUGCCUUCUGGAGUCACUCCCCAGCUGCAACCACAGGAUUUAGACUUUCAAAGAUGGGCAGGGCCCUCAGCAUCCUCUAGGCUGCCUCUAGCCUGUGACCUUAAUAAUAAUGACUGCAGUCAGCCAUGGCUUCCUGAACCCCUGGUAUGUUCAUUCAUUGUCUUUCUCUACAUUGUUGCUAAUCUGAUCACAAAGCUCCUUUAGGAUUGUAUAAUAUCUACAGGCAGGUAUCAUGGGCUGCUCAUUUUGUAGAUGAAAUCUGAGGCUUAAAAGGGAAAUGACUUGUCCAGGGUCACAAGGGAAGUCAGACUCUUCAAAGCCAGACCCUGAACCCAGGGCAGUGUAUGUAGCUUAGAGCACUGAUCCAUCCUGGACCCGGAAGGGCUGCAUCCACAUCCCCGAUGGUACCUACCAGCUGUGUUGACCUUGGACAGGUCAUUUCUCUCCAUCUUAGUUUCCUCCUCUAUAAAAUAGGAACAGCAAUAGCAUCUGCUUAAUCUAGUUGUGUAAGGAUGAAACGAAUGAUAAUACGUAAAGCACUCAAAGCAGUGAUUAGAAACACGCUAAGGGUUUCAAAAAAAACCCACACACACUAAGGGUUUUAUAAGCAUCGUAUCCUGGAGUGUACUGAGCUUUCCAACCAUUUCUGAGGAGGCUUUUAAAAUUAUUUCUGUGCGACCCAGGCUUUCAUAGUAUUCAACUGAGUGGUUGCCGGCAGGGCUACGCACUAUGCUUCACAAGCCAUGCUUGCCGCAUUCAGCCCUCACUGUCACCCCAUCCCCAUUUUGCAGACAAGGAAACCGAGGCCCAGAGAGAAGUCAUGACCCGCCCAGGCUUCCACAUCUCAGAAACCGCAGAGCCAGGGUGGCUACUCCCAAGUCCAAAGCUAGUAAUUGCCCCUCUUCCAACUGCAGGAAACCCAGAUUGUUAUGAUUAUUGGUAUUGUUGUCCAAAACAAUACUAGAGACGGUGACAAUACAACAAUCAUGGAGGGUGCUUAUUUCCACUGGCUCAACAAUUAUCCCAACGCCUAUGCGGAGGGGGCCUGGGGCUUCAAGAAGAGGCUCCUCGAGGCAGGAUGAACAAACAAGCAGUGAAAACCUUGCAGCUGGGCCCCAGGUGCUGGGAGAGAGAGUGGGGCAGGAAGCGGGCAGGCCAUUUCUUUCCUCUUAUUUCUUAUUUGUUUGAGAAGCAACUUUACUUUCUAAAUCGGUCAUUGUCACCCGUUAGCCCCCGCCCCACCUGGGCCAGGGCCUCUGGUGACGGAGGGCAGGAGGAAGCUCUAGGGGGCAGGAGGAAUGAGGGUGCAGAGUGGGGCAGGGCCUGGGCCCAGCUGGAUAUGGGGGCUUCUUUCCUGCAGAGGCCUCAUGGGCCACCUUCAGGUGACCUGGGCUUGGCAGACAGUACCUGCUGGAGGGAUGACCUGAGUCCUCUAGGUUCAGCUGCCAGUGGGGAGGGAAGGGGACCCUCCUAAACAGGGAGGUAGCUGGCAUAGUGGUUAGGGGCCUGGCUCUGGAGUCAGACCUAUUUGGCUUCCAAAGGCUGUCACCUUGGGCAAGUUACUUUGCCUCUGUUUUCUCACCUGUAAAACAGAAUGGUUCGUUGUGAAGGGUAAAUGUAAUCAAACAACAUGACACAUGUAAACAUUUAACACAGUUACUAGCUGAAGCACAUUUACUAGCUGGAGAUUUACUUAAGAAGCCAGCAGGUAUUGGGUAUUUACUAUGCGCCAGGCACUUUUAAAGCAUUCCACACAUAUUAAUUCAUUUAUUCAGCAUAAUUAACAUUCUUCCCACUUAACAGAUGAGAAAACUGAGGCACACAGAGAGGUUGAGUUCCUCAUGCAGGGGCAGAUCCAGGCUUGGCAGGAUGUCAGUAAAGGUUAUACAAUAUUGGAGGGCGGUGUGGGGUGCUCUUUAAAAAAUGAUGAUGUACAAGGCCAUGCCAAUUAGGGACCCAACAUUCAAACUUCACCAUCCUCACCUUAAAUCUCCCUCUAAGCUCUGCCACCCUGCUAGGAAGUGGUAGCAGAGGCCAGGUGGCUAGCUCGAGAACCCAUAAGAAUUAUAAGCAGUAUCGAGAGUACAUGAGACAGUCACUGCAGAAUGCCACAUAAAUAAGAGGCAGCACUUCCACAGCAGGUACCAUGGGCCGCACACUCAUUUAACCCUUCCAGGAACCUAAUGAGGGUGGCAUGUAAUUACCAUGCCCAUUUUACAGAUAAGGAAGUCAAGGCUCAGAGAGGACUAAUGGUUUUCCUGAAGGCACAGAGCUAAGGAGUGGUUGAGCAGCCUGACAGCCUGACCUCAGAGGACACAUGUUUAGCCACUACAAUCACGGUCACCUCCCUCAUGACUGGGCUCAGCACCUUCCCCUCACCUCCCCUUGCAGGCUCUCCCAUCUGUUCCCCAACAGCAGCUUGGGGUGUGGACAAGACACCCCUGCUUUGGAGUCAGAGAUGCCUGGAUACUAACCUCUUUACCUUGUUGCUUGCUGGCUGUGUGUCCCAGAGACAGUUUUUUUCCAUCUCUGAGCCUCAGUUUUCUCAUCUGUAAAAUAAGGAUUGUGUCAUUUCUAGGGUGGUCAUAAAAUACAGAUACAUCAAUUAUUAUUUUAUGUGUUUUGUAAUAUACUAUCAAUAAGCCAUGUAUCAUGUAUGUACAGUUGCCUCUGGAUAACACUACAUAGGGUGGUUUGGAGGGUCAGAGUAAGGUGAAGUAUCUGGCCCAUGUUAAAUGCUCAGGAUUGGUAGAAAUUGCCUUCAUGGGGACAAGGGGACAAGUCAUUUGUGAGGAGUAGAGGGAAUGGAGACACAGACAAAACCAAAUGUUGGGAGGCCUGCAUUCUAGAUGGAUUUCUACCACCAGUUUGUGGUGUGACCUUGGACAACACUCCCUCCUUUCUGGGCUCAAUUUCUCCAUUUGCAAGUUGUAUGCAUCACUCCCCACUAAUGCAUGAAUGAAAUUGUCUCUAAGGUCCUUAAGAAACUGAAUUUCUGGGUAGGAACACAGGAGCAUCUUCUGAGACUCUCUGAGGGCUGCUCUCAUAAAGUUUCCCCCCUAUCUUGGGGUACUCUUCAUGGCUCCCACUCUUGAGACAAACAGGAGGGUUUGCAGGGAACUCAUACAUCUCCUCUGCUCCAGCAGAACCACAGUGCGUGGCUCAGCCCGGCGGGCUCUGCAACUGGAUAGCCUUUAUCUAAUCUGUUUCUUACCUGUAAAAUAGAGAUGAAAAUAAUAUAAUAGAUGUCCUUAUCCUCAUUUAACAGAAGAGGAGAUGGAGGUUCCAGGAGGCACAGGAUUUGCUGGGGGUCAUGGCUCUCACCUUGCCCUUGUCGUACUGCCUCUGUCCCACCCUUCUAAGGUGUGGGCUUUCGCUAUGGGAAUCACAGCUCCCUCUCUCUAUCCUAGAGGAUUAGAUUACAUUGUCCUUUGCCCUCUGCCUGACAUCCUGUCUCUCCUCUCUCCCCAUCUGGCAAACUCAUCCAGUGGAGUUGGGCCAGCCCUGGUGUCCUCACUUAUGAUCAUGGUGACCCUAACCAAGCUGCCCACACUCUCUGGGCCCCAUCCCCUCAUCUGCAUCAUAGGAGCAAUGUGAAAAUCCUUGGCAUUUCCAGUGCCUGAUCCAUUGUGAGUGCACAUGAAAUGUCAUCUCAAAUGUUGUCUCCUUAGGGGGCUGCCCUGGGGCCUCCAUGUGGAACAAGUUUCUCUGGGCUUGCACAGCCCAGUCCCUACAGCACUUACCACCCUGUAUCAUAACUGUCCACCUCAGGUCUGUACCCCACACAUCCUUGGACCCCGUUCUUCUUUGCAUCUGCUGUGUUUGGCAUAGGGACUGAUACACAGCCGGCACUCAGUUAAAGAUUGUUCAAUGAGUGAAUGAAUGAAUGAAUGAAGGACUGGUGCCUGACUGGUGCUUAAUUUAUUAGUUAUCCUUUCUGCCCUGUCAAGAUGGCAGGAUUCUGGGUGCUACAACCACCAGCACCACCAACUACUGCUAUUUCUUUGGCCAGCACUGUAAGUAGCUCCCAUUUGUUGAGCAUUCACUAUGUGCCAGGCACUGGGGUAAGCAUUUCUUGGUGUCUCUCACUCAGCCCUCUGUCACCCUAUGGGAUGGGCGUUCUGCCAUUACCCUCAUUUAACAGAUAAGCAAACAGCCUCUGCUGGGGAAGGUGGCAGAAUCAGUAUUGGUGAAACCAGGCCUCAGAGCCUUUCCAUGUCAGGUGAGGGUGGGCGGUUGGAGCCUAGAACAGAGUGUGAUUGACCUCUCCCAGAAUUUGCCUUUGACCGUUCUCUCCUCGUAGGACUUCUCUCCUCCCUUGAAGACCCUGCUUCUCCCAGAACCUCUCUCAUACCCCUGUGGUAUGGUGGUCCCCUUCUCAAGUUCCACCCAACCCUGUUCCCCAGGGUUCUGCCCUCAAGCCUCAUAGUGAACUGAGGCAGGGCUGGAUUCUCUUUUGUCUGCCUGGCAUAUUUUUCCAAUCCUCUCAUUUCCUGUCCACAGGGCCCCACCCAGUGUGGGAAGGGCAGGUAGGCCAAUCACAGUGCCCCAUUUUCCUUGAUACAAUGAUUGGUUUGGGCCUGGGCAUGUGAUACAAGCUGAGCCAAUCAGAGCACUCCCUGGAACUUUCAAUGGAGCCAGUGGGGAAGCUUGGCUCUCUCCUGAAAUGAGAGCUGAGAGCUGGUGGGAUGUAUACAUUUGAGCAUUUUUACUGGGAUUGGAGAAUGCCUAUCUGCCAUUGGAGACAAGGCCUAUUCUUUCUUUCUUUUUUUUUGAGACUACUGCCACCCAGGCUGGAGUGCAGUAGUGUGAUGUUGGCUCACUGCAACCUCUGCCUCCCAGGUUCAAGCAAUUCUCCUGCCUCAGUCUCCCAACUAGCUGGGAUUACAGAUGUGCACCACCACUCCUGGCUAAUUUUUGUAUUCCUUUUUUUUUUUGAGACGGAGUUUCGCUGUUGUUACCCAGGCUGGAGUGCAAUGGCGCGAUCUCGGCUCACUGCAACCUCCGCCUUCUGGGUUCAAGCAAUUCUCCUGCCUCAGCCUCCUGAGUAGCUGGCUUUACAGGCGCGCACCACCAUGCCCAGCUAAUUUUUGUAUUUUUAGUAGAGACAGGGUUUCACCUUGUUGACCAGGAUGGUCUCGAUCUCUUGACCUCGUGAUCCACCCGCCUCGGCCUCCCAAAGUGCUGGGAUUAUAGGCAUGAGCCACCACGCCCGGCCCGCCUAAUUUUUGUAUUCACAGUAGAGACAGUGUUUUACCAUGUUGGCCAGGCUGGUCUUGAACUCUUGACCCCAAGUGAUCCGCCUGCCUUGGCUUCCCAAAGUGCUGGGAUUACAGGGGUGAGCUACCAUGCCUGACUGAGAAGGCCCAUUCUUAAAGGCAGAGACAAACAGAACUGACUGAUGGGGGUGAUAGGAGCUAACCCAAUGUCAUCAUUGGAAACACUGGAUCCAGCAAUGCCCAAAGUUAGACCCACCUUUGAAACUCCAAGAUAAAGGAGCCACUAUAUUUAUAGUAUCUUUUUUCUUUUUGUUUUGUUUUCCAUAACCUAAUUUGAACUGAGUUUCUGUCACUUAAAAGAUUCCUAAAAUUCUCUCUCUCUUGCCUUUCCCUGGAUGACCUUGGGCCUUAUCUAGUCCUAUAUCUGGGUGUGUAGUGCAGUCAGUUCUUGAAGAAAUGGAUGUCUGGGAGGUACCUUAAAGGUGAUCCCACUCUGCCAGCCACCUUCCUGGGUAGUCUCCUUAGAGACAAUCAGGAAUGCUGUCAUCAUCUGCCUCAGCUCCUGAUACAGGAAAUUCUGUCACCUUUAUUUUCUGUUUCUCCCUCUAAUUGUUCUCCUGGAUCUACUGCUGUUCAGUUUCAGAAAGUUCUUGCCCAACUUUCCCCCCUCCCUCCCCAUUGCCAUUACCUUGAUUCAGGCCUCCUUCAACUCGCUGCAGUAACGUCAGUCUUCCCUUUCCUCCUCCUUCCCUUUGUCUAUCGUCCAUAUCUAUUACCACAGAGAUCUUAUAGAACCCACACCUGACCAUGUCACUCCUGCUGUGAACACUGCGUGGCUCCCUGUCAACCUCAGGAUCAAGUCUGAGCUGCGUAGGGUGGUACUGGAGGCCAUUCCCAAUUCGACUUCAUGGUUUUUUUUUUUUUUUUUUUUGACAGUCUCAUUCUGUCACCCAGGCUGGAGUGCAGUGGUACAAUCUCAGCUCACUGCAACCUCCGCUUCCCAGGUUCAGGAGAUUCUCCUGCUUCAGCCUCCCAAGUAGCUGGGAUUAUAGGCGUGUGCCAUGAUGCCUGGCUAAUUUUUGUAUUUUUGGUAGAGAUGGGGUUUCACCAUGUUGGCCAGGCUCGUCUCAAACUCCUGACCUCAGGCGAUCCACCUGCCUCAGCCUCCCAAAGUGUUGGGGUUUACAGGCAUGAGCCAUCAUGCCUGGCUCCAAAUUGACUUCAUCUUGAACUCAUUUCUUCUCCCCAUCUUGCAUUUCAGUCACAUUUCACACCCUUUUCCUGAACAUACUACCCCCUUUCUUAUCUCUGGACUUCUCUGCUGGAAUCUGUGUCUGCCCAGGACGUGCCUUGCUCCUCUUCCCACCUGAGCUACAACCAUUCUUCAGAGUCUGGUCAUGGCUGACUGCUCCGGGAAGUCCUCCCUGUAACCCCAACCUGAGCCCCUUUGCCCAAAGAGUCGGCUUUCCUCUUCUGUACUGCCAUCACACCUGGGCCUUCGCCUCCUGGGCUAACCUGGGACAUGAGCCCCCAAGGGCAGGACCCAGCCUGACCUCUCUCUCCACCUUUGGGCCAUCGCUGCGCACUGCGGUGACCUCCACGGGUGAAGCAGAAUGCCCGGCCCUUCUCAGAGGGAUCCUGUUGGCUGAUCUCCUUUGGUUCUUGACUAAUCCUUGACUCUUUAGGGCAGAGAGGCACCUGGAAGAAAUAAUUGUAGUCUUUGCAUGUGGGUCGUACUUCCAGUUUACCAGGUGUCUCUUGGUUUCUCAUUAGUCUUAUAGUCUGUGGGUUGUCAGGGAAAAUGUUGUCAACCCCGUUUUACAGAUGGAAAGCUUGGUUCAGAGAGUUAGGGAUGGAACCAAUCCCCAGUCUUGGGCAAGCCCCUGACCCUGAGAAUCCUUUUGUCAUCCAAGCCACCCAUUUCCUAAACGUGUGCUGAGAACCAAGGAAAACCAGGGAACCCAAGUAAGAAGAGGGAAUGCAGGUUCUGGACUGGGCUAAGAGCAACAGUAAUGAGGACCCCACGCAGCCACUGCCCUUGCCCUGCACUGUGUUCCAUCCACUAGAUGAGCAUCAUCUGCUUAUGAAGAAGCGUUACUCAUUCCCAUGUUACAAAUAAGAAAACCGAGACACAGCACAGCUAAGAGACUUGCCUCUCUCGGGCCAGUUUCCUUCUGAUGAUUUGGUGAUCGCUAUAGCCCUUUACAGUUUGUAAUUUUAGCACCCCUUCCCUGCUCUCACCAGUCUAACACUGGUAGGUGAACGUGCUCUCAUUUGACAGAAGCAGCAACUGAGGCUCAGAAGUCAAGGGCGGACCUAGGAGAUGGCACCCAGCCUUCGGAUCAGGGGAGCCCGUCCGGAGCCUGGUGGCGCAGCUCUAGCGGGGAGGCGGGGAGCAGGCGGCAGGGCCACGAGUGGGCGUCCGCGUCUCUUCCCCGCCAGCCGCUGGAGCUCAGCUUCCCCACAGUGAGCGCCGCAGGUGCGCAGCGGGUGGCGGCGUCUGCGCGGCGGGUGCGUCCGCGUGGGCGUGGGUGAGGGACCUGGGCGGGCGGGGCCCCACGCCCAUCCUCCCUCCCUCCCGCUGUCUCUCCCGUGGCUGGUGGCAGGUGAGUGGGUGUCGAGGAACCGCCAGGCAGCGGAGAAAACAGGACGCCGCAGAAAUCAGAUUACUCACCUGCAGCUGCUACUACCCAGAGCUAAUAAAAGCAGAACUUCCUGUUGAUUCUUUAUUACCACCCUCUGCCUCCCUCCGCCCCAAUCCACUCCCAGCUGCAGCCAGAGCCCCAACUGAUCACCAGAAACCGGUUACUUGGGGUCCAGGGCAGUCCAGUUCCUGAAAUCCCCUCCUCUGUACAGCACAGGGUUGGGCUCAUGCUGCCUCAAGGGUGGACUCCGGUUACCUGCAUGGGAACCACCUGGGGUGCUGGUUAACACCACACAUCCCCAAACAGGGCUUCACACCUGCUCCAUCAGAAUUCCUGCAGUUUGGGGCCCAAGAGCAGGAAUUCAUAGGAAUCGCAGGUGAUUUGUAGGCAGGCUAAAGUUUUGAGAACCGCAGAGUCUGGAUGUUGUAGGUUCAGAUGAUGUGGGUUUCUUUUUCUUAAAUGCAACCCAUAAAUUAGGGAUGGAACCUAUCCCUCGUCUUGGGCAUGUCAGCCAGAGCCUCAGUCUGCUUAUUUGUAAAAUGGGGGUGAAAAUAAUACAGACCUCUUGGGAGGACUGAAACAAGGCUCAAAUGGAGAAUACACUUAACGUGAUUCCUAGUGGUUGCUCCUGGAGUUUACAGACCAGCCGGGACUAGGCAUGGAGCGCCAUCCAUGGAGUGUGAGGAGCUGGAUGGGCCUGGGCUGGAAAGGGGCUGUGAUUCACCCUGGGUGCCCUGAGAAAGACCUUUCAGUAUCCAGCUUCUCCAAAGUUCAGUCCCCCUCACACCAGGAAAAUGUUCUUGCCUAAGCUAUUGACAACCCUGAUGGCUAGAUCCAGUGGCCUCUUCUCAGCCCUUCUGUGGCACCUGAUUCUGGGGCGGGCCUCACCUUUCUCAUCCAAGCUGUCAUCUCUCUCAACUUCAGGGCAAGUAUGAAUCCCCAUCUUCAUCGUCCUUCUAUCUAGCUAGCUCCCUUGCAGGCCCCCUCCUCCUAGCCCUUCCUCCUCCUGCCUCUGCCGUCUUGGGCACCUUAGCCUACUACGCAGCCAGGACAACCUCAUCCAUUCCCAGUUAUGUUUCUUAAGCUGAGCAGUGCCCUUCCUGAGCCCCUGAUUCAUAAACACAGCACCUCCUAAGACAUCUCUGCUUGAUGACUCCCCUUCACCCAACUCAACUCAACCAGCUCCAAGCUCAUCAUCUCACGCUCACCUGCCACCAGCCUCUUCUCGUUUCUCCGUCUCAGGGCAACACACCUGGAUGUUGUCCCAGCUGAUUUCUGCUCUCAGCUCCCACAUAAGUUUUCCAAUCCAGUGCAUUUUAUCUCCUUAGUUUUGCUCCAGAAUCUGUCCCUUCCCAGUCUUCCUGUCCCUCUGCACUUCAGGUCCCCUAGUUCAGGACUCCAUAAUCUCUCACCUGGAUGACUCUAAAAGCCUCUUAGACGGCCUUCCUGGCUCUAGUCUCACCCUUACUUUGGACGGGGGGCUCAUUCUGAGACACAAAUCUUGUCCUUGCUUUGUUUCAACCCAUCAGUGGCUCCACAGUACAACUCAAAGUCCUCCCUUUCAAAGCUCACCUGGACAGAGCAACACUCUCCUCUCCACCCCACCCUCUCAGCACCUGGCACAGUGACAUUUACUGCGCUCUUAAUGCUCAGUACCAUGGCAAGCCAGUUAUCUUUGUAGCUUUAUCUCAGCCUCAUGCCAUUUCCAUGAUUAUUAUUCCUGACUUACAGAUGAAAAAGCUGAGGAAGAGGGAGGCUAGGUAGUUUGCCCAAGGCCACAAAGCUAGUAAGUAGCAGAUUUGUAUCCAGGUCUCUCUGGAUCCAAAGCUGGUACCGUUAGCUGUUCUAAUCUUGAGCCACCUCGUCCCAGUUACAUAGUCUUCUCCUUUUUUAUAUUUUGCCUGGCAUCUCAGAGGAUGCCUGGCAUAUGACAGAUGUUUGUUGAAUGAACAAAUCUAUCUGCACUCCCAUUUAAUUCUUUUUUUUUUUUUUGAGACGGAGUUUCGCUCUUGUCACCCAGGCUGGAGUGCGGUGGCACAAUCUCGGCCCACGGCAACCUGUGCCUCCUGGGUUCAAGCAAUUCUCUUGCCUCAACCUCCCUAGUAGCUGGGAUUAUAGGCGUGGGCCACUACAUCUAGCUAAUUUUUGUAUUUUUAGUGGAGCUGAGGUUUUACCAUGUUGGCCAGGGUGGUCUCAAACUCCUGACCUCAGGUGAUCCACCCACCCCGGCCUCCCAAAGUGCUGGGAUAACAGGUGUGAGCCUCCAUGCUUGGCCCCAUUUAGUUCUUACAACAACCCUAGGAACUACAAAAGUUUUAAAAACAAAGUCAUAUUAUGUAAUAUUUGAUGACUAUAAAAAAAAGUAUGUUGAAUAUCUUGUGUAUGAAGACAAACACUUGCGAUCCCAUGGCCUCAGCUUAGGAACUAGACCUUCACCAGCACCACUGAGGCCACCUGUGUGUGCCUACUCAGUCCUACUCCCUGCCUUCCUCCAGACGUAAACACUAUCCUGAAUUUUGUGGUCAUCAUUCCCUCGCUUUGAAAAAAAGUAAUUUUACCAAAUGGGGAGGAUGCUGGGCAACACAUUAUUUUGUUUAUUGACCUUUAUAUAAACAGCACAGUGUGCGUGCAUUCUUCUUUGGCUUGAUUGUUUUUCAUGCAUCACUAUGUUUCUAAAAUAUGUAUGUGACUUUGCAUCUUUGGCUGGCCUCCAUUCCUUUUUCCAGCUGUCUAGUACUCUAUUGUCAAAUAGAAUUCAGUGACUUUGGGCCAGGCACGAUGGCUAACACGUGCAAUCCCAGCACUUUGGGAGGCCAAGGCAUGCGGAUCAGCUGAGAUCGGAAGUUUGAGACCAGCGGGACCAACAUAGAGAAACUCUGUCUCUAUUAAAAAUGCAAAAUUAGCUGGGUGUGGUGGCAUGUGCCUGUAAUCCCAGCUACUCAGGAGGUUGGGGCAGGAGAAUCUCUUGAACCCGGGAGGUGGAGGUUGCAAUGAGCUGAGAUCAAGCCAUUGCACUCCAGCCUGGGCAACAAGAGUGAAACUCCAGCUCAAAAAAAAAAAAAAAAAAAAGAGAAUUCAGUGACUUUAUCCAUUCUCCAGUCAAUGAGCACAUGGAUUGUUUCCAGUUUUUCGUUAUCACCAGUAAGGCUGCCAUGAUCAUUCUUAUACCUAUGUCUUGGUGCACACAUGUAGAAGUUUCUCUAAGCUACAUACCUAAGACUGUAAUUGUGGGUCAUUGGGUAUGCACAUAAUUAACUUUACAAGAUGUUUCCAAGUGAUUUUCUGAAGUGCUUGUAUGGACUAACAUUCUUCCCUCCCUUCUCCGCAGUGGAUGAGAGUUCUAGUACCUCCAUAUCCUCCCCAACAUAGUAUGACCAGAUUCCUUCACUGUUCCUCACAUGGUCUUCAUGUGCACCUCCCUAAUAAGAUGAGACAUCUUUUCAUAUGUUUAUUUUGCAUUCUUGUUUCUUUUCUGUAAAUUGGCUGUCCAGUCCUUUUGCCCACUUCUCUAUUAGGUUGGUUAGCCUUUGCUUAUUGGUUGGAGGCAUUCUCGGAGAAGUUUUUUUUAAAUUUUUUAGUAGAAUUAGAAUCUGAGAUCCAAGUUCAUGGAGGACAGAGCCAGCCCCAAACCUACGUAUGGCUGCUUCCAGGGCCCGUAGUAUCCACCAAUUGUCUCUCAUUCAUUCAUUUUUCCUUCUUUCUUUCUUCCUUUUUUUUUUUUUUUUUUUUUUGAGAUAGAGUCUCACUCUUUCACCCAGGCUGGAGUACAGUGGCGUGAUCUUGGCUCAUUGCAACCUCUGCCUCCCAGGUUCAAGUGACUCUCCUGCCUCAGCUUCCCGAGUAGUGGAGACUACAGGUGUGUGCCACCAUACCCGGCUAAUUUUUUUUUUUUUUAGGAGAGUCAGGGUUUCACCAUGUUAACCAGGCUGGUCUUGAGCUCCUGACCUCAAGAGAUGUGCCUGCGUCAGCCUCCCAAAGUCCUGGGAUUACAGAUGUAAGCUGCUGCACCUGGUUCAUUUAUUCAUUUCUCAAAUGUCUACUGAUGACUUUCUCAGUAAAUACUGGAGAGGGAGUAGAUGGUUGUGGUUAACAGUGUAGAUUCUGGAGCCCCCUACCUAGAUUUUCAUCUCUGCCUCUUACUAGUUGUGACCGUAGAUACAUUUCUAAACUACCCGUGCCUUAAUUUCCUUUCUAUAAAAUAAGGAUGUUAAUAAAGUCUCUCCCUCACAGGGCUGAUGUAUGAGGACUGAUGAAUGAGUUAAUUCAAAUAAAAGGGCUUAGGAGGCCGGGCAGUGCACAGUCAGUGCUGAAUAAAUAAAUAGCACAUGCCAGGCUCUGGGCCUGCAGCACAUCGUUCUGGGGACACAGGAAUGAAAAAAGACAGACAGUGACACGGACGUCAUGCAGCUCACUGUCCAACAGAAAGAGACAAACACAAAACAAGUAAAUAAACAAAAUAAUGUGGCUGUGAUAAAGGCAAGGAAGAAAACCGCAAGGUGACAAGACAGAGGGUGACGAGACAGAGAGAGUGACCAGGCAGUGACUCAGCUGAGGGGUCAUGCAGGGACAGCCCCCUGUAGGAGUUAACAUUUAGGCUGACAUGUGGAGGAGGAGAAAAAGCCACCCAGGCAAAGAGCAGAAGAAGAUGGCUUAGCAAAGAAAAGGGAAGGUGCAAAGGCCCUGAGGCAGGAAGAGCUUGUCAUUUCAAGAACUGCAAGGAGAACACUGUGGCCGUGGCUGUGGCUGUGGCUGCAGCCAACUGAACACAGAGAUGACAGCAGGAAGAAGGUGGGGAAGCACGAGGGCAAAGGGUCUGGAUUUUAUUCCAAGUGCAGUGGGUGGUUUUGGACAGCAGAGUGUUGUGAUCUGAUUUAUGUCUUUAUUGUAUUUUAUUGAAACAGAGUCUUGCUCUGUCCCUUAGGCUGGAGUGCAGUGGUGCUAUCUCGGCUCACUGCAACCUCCGUCUCCCAGUUUCAAGUGAUUAUCGUGCCUCAGCCUCCAGAGUAGCUGGGAUUACAAGCGCCCACCACUACACCCAGCUAAUUUUUUUUUUUUUUCUUGUAGAGACAGGGUUUUGUCAUGUUGGCCAGGCUGGUCUCAAACUCCUGACCUCAAGUGAUCCACCUGCCUUGGCCUUCUAAAGUGUUGAAAUUAGAGGCGUGAGCCACCGUACUCAGCCUGAUUUGUGUCUUUAAAAGAUCACUCUGACUGCCAUCAACUAUCUAUGAACUGAUCUAAAUACUUCUUGAAGCCACUAGUAUUUUUAGCCAAUACCCCCUCUGUUCGAAGCAAAACUUCCCUUUAUUGGUCUUAAAUUUAAUUCUUUCGGGUUUCAAGGGGAGCCCCCUUCUGUCUCCUAUCUGAGGGUUAGUGGCCCAGUGCGAGAUCUCUAGUAAAGAUUUUUACAGAGCGGGUGGGAAGAGGGUCUCCCAGUUUACACCUUACUUACUCUGUGAUGUUUCACCACCUGUAAAAUGAACGUAAUGAGAGUGGCCAUCUCAAGAGGCUUCUACGAUGAAAUGGGACACAGCUUGGCAGCAGGGAGUGAUGAAUAUAGGCUGGCUUCCAUGCAGAUAACAAUUCUGGUGAUUAGGAGGAGGAUGAUAAUGAUAGGAAUGAUAUUGAAGAUGAUGAGGAGGAGGAUGGUGGUGAUGAUGAUGUUGGUGAUGAUGUUGAUGGGGAUGAUGGGGAUUCUGGGGUGUGAUACUGGGUAAGUCAGUGAACCACAUUUUCCAUGUCUAUCAAGUAAGGGUGUUGGACCAAAUGAUCUGUGGGGGCCCAUCCAGGUCUGAUGUUCUAGAAUUUUCUAGUUUAGGCUUUCUCCUCCUCCUUUCAGCCUGGGUUACUCUCUUCCCUGCAAUUUUGGUCAUCCUAGUGACAUGUGAUGAGAGAUGGAGUAUUAUAGUAGAGAGAAAACUGACGUGGAGUCAGGCAGCUGGAGGUUCCAGCUGCACCAUUUACGGUGGAGUCUUCAUCAUGGUGCAUUUAACUUACACACUUUUGUAAAAUUUUGAGACAGGGUCUUCCUCUGUCACCCAGGCUGGAGUGCAAUGGCAUGAACUUGGCUCACUGCAACUUCCACUUCCUGGGUUCAAGUGAUUCUCAUGCUUCUGCCUCCCGAGUAGCUGGGAUUACAGAUAUGCACCACCAUGCCUGGCUAAUUUUGUAGUUUUAGUAGAGACAGGGUUUCACCAUGUUGCCUAGGCUGGUCUCGAACUCCUGGCCUCCCAAAGUAUUGGGAUUACAGGCGUGAGCCACUGCACCCAGCCUAAUAUGCACACAUUUAAACAUGCGUGUAAAGGGAGGGGAGAUAGCAUGUUGUGAAUGAAUCGCUGCUACAGAGUCACACUCCCAUUCCACUUGGUGAGCACCCACCCCUUGAGGGGGAAUGUGACUUGCCACAAUGUGACCUGUCCCCCCACUGGCCCAAGUUCCUGCACAUUCAGCCUCAUGUGGCUCUCAUCAUGCUGAGUGUGAUCCUGGCGUUCAAAGGGUUUUUGUAGCCAACCAUUUCACCUGUGGUAAGCGGAAGGCGAAGCUUUCCGUAACAACACCUGAGAAAAAAAGAACCUGCUGUAUUAGCUGUCAGCUGUUGAAGGACUUUGCUGUCUGUUUCACUGAGAAACAGAAGCAAUUAGAAGGAAAAUUCCUCAGACUCCACCUCUCCCUUCACUUCCGCAUGUACCAAUGCCUGUUACCUGGAGGCCUUGUGUGCAUUCAAAUUUGAUGCCCUCCAUGGGGCACUGCCCUUUGUCCUCUCUCACCUCCUCCAGGACAACAAUGAGCAAUUCUUUGUGUCUCUCCCUCAGUGCCAGGGGUCCCCCUUUUGUGCUGGCUCAUUCACAUCAGCACAUAAUCGGCUGCUGUUCCCUUCAUCUUACACACACACACAGGCGUGCGUGCACACACGUACAAACCCAUGCACACACACCCACACCGCCAUAUUUCUUUGCUCUCCCAGGAAAACAUCUCACAGAGUUUUCUGGGUUGACCAUCUUCAUUCCUCCUUCCUUUUCUCUCUCCAGCUCUCUCUGGGGCUUUCACUCCCACUGCUCCACUGAAACUGCUCUUGUCGAGGUCAACGAUGACCUCUAGCUGACAAACUCAACAGUCCCAUCUGUCCUCAACAUCGGCCCUGGGCCAGCGACUGUGCCCUCCUCCCUGCUGGAUGUCCUGCCCAUUUCUUCCUAGGCCCCCUCUCUCCUGGUCCUCCCACCUCACAGGAUCCCUUGUCAGUUUCCUUUGCUGGUUCUCCCUCAUGUCCCCAACUUCCACAGGCCAGGGUGCCCCAGAAGUCAGCCUUGGGACUUCUUCUCUUCUCUAGCUCACUUCUGGGUGCUCUCGCUCAGUCCCGAGGUGUUCAUACAUUCUCUCUGCAGUUGGCUGUAGAUGAGUAUCUCCAGCCCAGCCCCUCCAGCUCAGCAUCAGGCUCACAUGUCUCCAGUCAGAUAUCCAAUAGGAACCCAAACUGGAUAUAUCUACAGAUGAAUUCUUCAUUUCACCCCCAAAUGUAAUCGUCCCUGGGUCUUCCCAUCCCAGCAAAAGGCAACUCCAUCCUUUCAUUGUUCAGGUCACAAUGUGGGCUGUCCUUGACUCUGCUUUCUUACACCUGCAUCUGACCCAUCAAGAAUAGCAUGAGCUCCACCUUCCAAAGCUUCCACAAUUUCACCAUCUCCACUGUUCCUACCUGUGUCCGAGGUACCACCAUUUCUUGCCUGGGGUUGUGUAAGAACCUCCUAGUGAGGGUCCCUGCUUCCAGCCUAAUGCUCCCUGCAGCCUUUAUACCCCAUAGAGUAGCCAAUGUGAUUUAUUUACUUAUUUAUUAUUUGGAGACAGAGUCUCUCUCUAUCCCCCAGAUUGGAGUGCAGCGGUGUGACCUUGGCUCACUGCAACCUCUGCCUCCAGGGUUCAAGUGAUUCUCAUGCCUCAGCCUCCUGAGUAGCUGGGAUUACAGGCACCAGCCACCAUGCCCAGCUAAUUUUUUAUUUUUAGUAGAGACAGGGUUUUGCCAUGUUGGCCAGGCUGGUCUCAAACUCCCUGAACUCAGAUGAUCUGCCCGCCUCGGCCUCCCAAAGUGCUGGGAUUACAAGAAUGAGCCACCGUGCCUGGCCAAUGUGAUCUUUUUAAAACAUGAGUCAAAUUACUUCCUUCCUCUGUUCAAAUCCCCCAGGGGCUCCCUUCUCACUCAGAGAAAAUCUUAACACUGUUCCAUGGCCUAGAAAGUCCAACCUGAGCUGUGCACACCCUUCCCCACCUUACCGCCUGUUGCUUUUCGCUCCCUUGCCCCGCCACACUGACCUCCCUGCUGUCUUUGAGCAGCCAAGCACAAUCACACCUCCAGGCCUUCGCCCUUGUAUUCUGUCUGCCUAGAGAAGAUAACUGCCCCUGCCCAUUUAUCCAUGGCAGGGCUCACUCCUGCUCAUCACUAGGCUAGCUUCUCUCUGGCCAUCCUGCUGUAUAUACUAUAGCACCCAAUCCUCUCCCACCUCUCCCACUCUCCGGCCCCUCUUCCUGCUUUACUUUUCUUCAUGGCAUUCAUCACCUUCGAACUGACGUUUCUUUACUGUUUGUCUCUCCCACUGGAAUGUUGUAGUCCUCAUCAUCAGCAGAGACUUGAUUUCAUCCUCUACUAUAUUAUCCUGAAGAGUGUCUGGCUCAUGGUGGCUGUUGAAUAAAUAUGUGUUAAGUGCAUGAAAGCAUUUGCAUAACUUGGAAGCUAUUUGUUGGUGUCCACUGCUCUCCAGCCUGGGCGACAGAGUGAGGCCCUGCCUCAAACAAUAAUAAUAAUAAUAUUGGUGAGGACUAGGUGCUAAUCCCAGUACUUUGGGAGGCUGAGGUGGGUGGAUUGCUGGAAACCAGGAGCUCAAGACCAACCUGGGCAACAUAGUGAGACCCUGUCUCUCAAAAAAUUUUAAAAAGUAGCUAUGCAUAGUGGCACAUGCCUGUGGUCCCAGCUAUUCAGGAGGCUGAAGUGGGAGGAUCACUUGAGCCCAGGAGAUCAAGACUACAGUCAACCGUGAUCAUGCCACUGCACUCCAGCCUGGGAGUCUGAGGGAAACUGUUUCUAUACUGGUGAGGAUAUUGGUAGCUGGAGAAUCUCAGGCAUUAUCAGUGAAAGUGUGCUUUGCUAUUACCCUAGUGUGAGGCAAGUCCUUUGACUCCUGAAUCCUCAAUCUAGGAAUUUACCCUUAGGAAAUUCUUACCCAAUGGCAAAAAGAUGCAGAGAUGUUCACAGAACUUUUUUAUUCAUAAUAGUGAAAAAUUGGAAAUGACACCAAUGUCUAACCAUGCGAGGGUUGUUAAAAUUAUGAUAGCGCCAUAUAAUGAAUACUAAGAGGUCAUCAAACAUGAUGUUGGCUAAGGAUACUUCAUGAAACUUGAGAAUAUGUUUAUAAUCUAUUAUCAAGUGAACAUUUUUUUAAAACCAACAGGCCAGGCAUGGUGGCUCAUGCCUGUAAUCCUAGCACUUUGGGAGGCCGAGGUGGGUGGAUCACCUGAGGUCAGGAGUUUGAGAUCAGCCUGGCCAACAUGGUGAAACCCCAUCUCUACUACAAAUACAAAAAUUAGCCAGGCGUGAUGGCACAUGAUUUUAAUCCCAGCUACCUAGGAGGCUGAGGCAGGAGAAUCUCUGGAACUGGGAGGUGGAGGUUGCAGUGAGCCGAGAUUGCACCACUGUAUUCCAGUCUGGGCAACAGAGCGAGACUCCAUCUCAAAGAAAAAAAAAAAAAAACCGGCCGUGCACGGUGGCUCACGCCUGUAAUCCCAGUGCUUUGGGAGGCCAAGGCGGGUGUAUCACAAGGUCAAGAGGUCGAGACCAUCCUGGUCAACAUGGUGAAACCCCGUCUCUACUAAAAAUACAAAAAAUUAGCUGGGCAUGGUGGCACGUGCCUAUAAUCCCAGCUACUCAGGAAGCUGAGGCAGGAGAAUUGCCUGAACCCAGGAGGCAGAGGUUGCAGUGAGCCAAGAUCGCGCCAUUGCACUCCAGCCUGGGUAACAAGCGAAACUCCGUCUUAAAAAAAAAAAAAAAGCCAACAAAUUUCAGAGCAACAUGUAAAGUGUGAUGUCAUUCUUGUGUACACAUAUUUGUGCAUAUUCAAACCCGGGAAGCUAUUUAGAAAGAGGACACCAACAUAUUUAAAAUAUGGUGGUUUUCACUGUUGAAUCAAGGUGGUGGGGUGUGUAGGGGGGUUCACUGUGUUAUUCUUUCAAACUUUCUGGAUGUUUAAAAAAUCUGGGCCAGGUGUAGUGGCUCACGCCUGUAAUCCCAGCACUUUGGGAGGCCAAGACAGGCCUUGGCAGGAUCGCUUGAGCCAGGAGUUUGAGACCAGCCUGGACAACAUGGUGAAACCCCAUCUCUACAAAAAAAUAUAAAAAUUAGUCGGGUGUGGUGGUGUGCACCUGUAGCCCUCGACUCAGGAGGCUAAGGUGAAAGGAUUGCUUGAGGCUGGGAGGUUGAGGCUGCACUGAGCCAAGAUUGCAUCACUGCGCUCCAGCCUGGGUGAAAGAGUGAGAACCUGUCACAAAAAAAAGAAAAAAAAGAAAAAGUCUAUUUAGGUGUGGUGGCUCACGCCGGUGGUCUCAGCACUUUGGGAGGCUGAGGCAGCAGAACCACUUGAGGCCAAGAGUUAGAGACCAACCUGGGCAAUGUAGUGAGAUCCAACCUCUAAAAAAAUUUUUUUUUAAUUAGCUGGAUGUGGUAGCAAAUGCCUGUGUUCCCAACAGCUCUGGAGGCUGAGGUGGGAGGACUGCUUUGAGCCCAGGAGGUCCAGGCUGCAGUUAGCCCUGAUUGUGCCACUGUACUCCAGCCUGGGUGACAGAAUGAGACCCUGUCUUGAAAAGAAAAGAAAGAGGGAGGGAGGGGAAGGAAGGAAGGAAGGAAAGAAAGAAGAAUGGAAUGGAGGGAGGCAGAAAGAGAGAGAGAAAGAAAGAAAAAGAAAGAAAGAAAGAUCUUACAAUAAAAAAUUGAAAGACCUGUAAUCACAGCAUUUUGGGAGGCUGAGGUGGGUGGAUCACUUGAGGUCAAGAGUUGGAGACCAGCCUGGCCAACAAGGUGAAACCCCACCUCUACUAAAAAUACAAAAAUCAGCUGGGCAUGGUGGCCUGUGCCUGUAAUCCCUGCUAGUUGGACAGCUGAGGCAGGAGAAUCGCUUGAACCCAGGAGGCAGAGGUUGCAGUGAACCAAGAUCAUGCCACUGUACUCUAGCCUGGGUGACAGAGUAAAACUCCAUCUCAAAAAAAAUUUUUUUUUUGAAAGAAAAUAUGGUUAUUUGGGGGUAGAAGGAUGUAGGGAGAUUGCUUUUCUUCUUUACCCCUCAUGUAUUUUAUUUGCUUUCCUAUAAUGAGCGUCUACCACUUUUACACAACUAAUGAAUUGAUAUCAAAAUGAAAUACAAUUCUUGUCAUACAAAAUGUUUAAAUUUUAAAAAUAAACAGUAGUUGUCUUGAUAGUUUAAAAAGAUGGGCCAGGCAUGGUGGCUCACACCUGUAAUCCCAGAACUUUGGGAGGCUGAGGCGGGUGGAUCACAAAGUCAAGAGAUCAAGACCAUCCUGGCCAACAGGGUGAAACCCUGUCUCUAUUAGAAAUACAAAAAUUAGCUGGGCGUGGUGGCGUGUACCUGUAGCCCAGCUACUUGGGAGGCUGAGGCAGGAGAAUUGCUUGAAUCUGGGAUGCAGAGGUUGCAACAGUGAGCUGAGAUCACACCAUUACAUUCCAGCCUGGUGACAGAGCGAGACUCUGUCUCAAAAAAAAAAAAAAAAUGGAAGACAACACAAAUACCUGUAAAUAGAGAACUGAGUACGUAAAUUAUGGUAAUCAAACAAACAUUCCUCCCCUGUUUAAAAAUAUGUUAUAGAAAAGAUAUUUACAGUAAUUUGGUAAGCGAAAAAAACAGGCCAUAAAACAGACGGUAGAGUCUUACGCCAAUUUUGAAAAAAAAGAGUAUAUGUUGCCCACCCAUAGAAAAAACUGGAAAUAUCCAUGCCAAAAUGUUAGCAGUGGUUUUCUUUGGGAAAUGGAAUGACAGGUGUUUUUCCUUCCUUCCUUUUGCUUAUUCAUAUGUCGUAAAUUGGUUUUAUCCAGUAGAACUUUCUGUGAUGAUGGAAAUGUUCUCUAUCUGCCUCGUUCAGUGUUAUCAUAGCCACUAACCACAUGUAGAGUACUUCAAAUAUGGCUAGUUGUCUGGGCCUAGUGGCCCACGCCUGUAGUCCCAGCACUUUGGGAGGUCCAGAUGGGCAGAUCACUUGAGCCCAGGGGUUUGAGACCAGCUAGGGCAAGGUAGCAAAACCCUGUUUCUACAAAACAAAAAUGCAAAAAUGAGCUGGGUGUGGUGGUGUGUGUCUGUAGUCCCAGCUACUUGGGAGGCUGAGCUGGGAGGAUUGCCUGAACCCAGGAGGUCCAGGCUGCAGUGAGCCAUGAUUGUACCACUGCACUCCAGCCUGAGCAGCAGAGCAAGACCCUGCCUCAAAAUAAAUAAAUGUGGCUAGUGAGACUGAAAAAUAAAAUUUUUGUUGUAUUUAAUUCUAAUUAAUUUAAACUUAAGUGGCCACAUGUAGCUAGAGGCUACUGCAUUGGGCAGCAUAGUUCUCAAAUGUUUACCAAGAACACACAUAUUGGCUUUGCAAAGAGGGAAAAAAGCUUUUCCUCCUUUUUUUCCCUUGUAUGGUUAUUUGAUCUGCCAUGGCUUUUUGCAGAGCUCAUUUGAGAUCCCAGGGAGAGGCAGUGAAUGCAAGGGCUUUGCAAACUGUAAAGUGCUGUUCUCAGGAGGUGCUGCCGUAUGAGACUCUUUUUCCCCUUGCCUGGAAUCCUUUUCCUCCUGUCCCCAUGGGCUCCCAGCUAAGAUAGAGCCCUGACCGGAGAAAGCAUCUUCAGAUAGUCUCUCAAGGGGAAAGAGGGUGUCCUGGGGUCUGGCCCCUGCAGCUAAGGCUCUCUCCUGAAAAGACUUUCCAGGAAGCGUUCAUUCAUUCAUGCAUUCAUUCAACAACCAUUACUAGCCCUCCUUCUUCUCACGAGUCACUGCACUAGGCCCUGAGUAGAGUGGGGUGGCUCAAAGUCUAGGCUUUGGGAGGUGAGUGGUAAGUCACAGGGCUGGGACACAGAAUUUCAGCUCAGCCACCCGUGGGCAUGCCCCUUAAUCUUCCUAAACUUCUAUUUUUCUCUUCUGUAAAAGCAGGAAAAUAGUGAUUAUUUUGCCAAUAGGGUCAAUCAGGGCUGGGAAAGUGAAUUACAGAGGCCUGCAGAGACAUUCAUGAUCAAAGAAUAUGCUUUCCUGAGAGAAUAAGUGGGUAGUGACAGCCAACUUCAAUGCCCAUGUAGAUGUUUUAUUAAUAAUAUUUUAUCAGAACACAUCAGAGUUUCUUUAAGAGUAGUUAAAAUAUCAGCCAGGCACAGUGGCUCACACCUAUAAUCCCAGCACUUUGGGAGGUGAAGGUGGGUGGAUCAACUGAGGUCAGGAAUUCAAGACCAGCCUGGCCAACAUGGUAAAACCCCAUCUCUACUAAUUAUACAAAAAAAUCAGCCAGGUGUGGUGGUGGAUGCCUCCAGUCCCAGCUAUUUGGGAGGCUGAGGCAGGAGAAUUGCUUGAACCUGGGAGGCAGAGGUUGCAGUGAGCUGAGAUCACUCCAUUGCACUCCAGCCUGGGCAACAAAUGCGAAACUCCGUCUAAAAAAAAAAAAGAAGAGUAGUUAAAAUAUCAAGCUUAAGGAAACCAGGAAAAAGGUGUUAUCAUUCAUCUGUACAGCAUUUGUUGAUUCCCAAUGAAGUUCCAGGCCAAGGUGGAGUAGGGGAUCAGUCUGGGAAUACAGACCUGGGUCAUGGCCUUGCCCUUGGGGACCUGAUAGGAGAAGACAUGUCAGGAAAUAGCCUUUUUAUUCAUUCAUUCCUCUGGCAUAUGCCAGCCCUCUAGGGACCUAAUGAAAGACAUCCACAGCCUCGCUCUCAGGAAACUUUUAAAGGAAGUGGGGAGGCAGAUAUUCUUCAAAUAGUCACUCAAAUACAUAAUUAUAAACAGUGAUAAGGGUUAAGCAGAGGAAGUACAGAGUGCUAUGAAGACAUCACGGGGACCUUGACAUACUGCUGGUGAUGAGAGGGUCAGAGAUGGCAUCUCUGGAGAGGUCAGCAUCUGAAGGAGUUGAAUAAGGACUGAUAGGGUGGGGAAAGAUGAGGCAGAAACAGCACGUGUGAAGGCCCCGAGCUGGGAAAGAGCAGGGUGCUUGUGAGGCCAGUGUGGCGUGAACCCAGCUGGCAGAAGGGAGGGGUGCAGUAUGCAGCUGAGGCUCUAGUGGACCACAGUAAGGAGCCAGUGAAGGCUUUAUAGGGAAGGACAGUGAGGACAGCUGUCCAUUCUGGAUGGAACACUGAAGGGGCAGAGUGGACGAGGCAUGGGCAUGUUGGCAGCCUGUGCCAGGGAGACAGCAUGAGGUUGAGAGAAGGGGAGAAAUUUGAGGGCUGUUUGGGAGGUAAGUGGAGCAAGACUUGGGGUUAGAUUGGCCCUGGGAGAGGUGGCAGGAGGGGUCCCAGUGGGUAAGCUCUGUGGCCCAGGAAGGGCUAGCUAAAGCCUGACCUGGGGAAGCCUCCCAAAUGGAGCAGAUCUCCCCAGCUUCAUGAAAUGGGUUGCAGCACUCCUGGUGGAGAGAAAGGGGAAAGACGUCUAUUCCUGGGGAACAGAAAUUCAGCUGGUUGUCAGUGAAAUGAAACUAACAUUGAUUGAGUAUGGACCAUGUACCAAGCCCUUUCUAAGUGCUUUACCUUCAUCAUCUCGUUUAAUCCUCCCAACAACUCUACAAGGUCAGUGUUAUCACUCUCAUUUUACAGCCCAGGAAGCUGAGGCUCAGAGAGGCGCUGAGACUGGGAUGUGGACUCCAAGCAGGCUGACCCCAUCCUGCCUUUUAAUCAUGGCAUCAAACUGCUCUUGUGGUUUGGGAUGAUUAGAGUCUGAGAGAGUUGGAGAGGGUAAGGAGAGGGUUGAGUCUGAGGCUAAGAGAUGGGCUGGGACCAGAUCCCAGGGUCUGCUGGUGUCAGACUUGGGGGUAUUGACAUCAUUGCAGAUGAGUGGGUAGCACAUUCUUAGGGAGAGGUGGGAUCACGUGUGCUUUUCUGAGAAGUCACUCUGGGAUGGAACACAGAGGAAGAAAAAAAAAAAACAGAGGAGAGUGAGGCAGGGCAUGGGUGAGUAUGAGUCUAGGGGAGCAGAGCUGUGGGAAGGGUGAGCAUCAGGCAGAUAGUUCCAAGGUAGGUCUAACAGGUGACUGGGUGGUGGGAAGUGAGGGGUGAACAAUCAAACGUGGGUAAAGGGUCACAAUGGUUUUAUUCAUUCACUCAGCAAACUUUUUUUUUUUUUGAGACAGUCUUGCUCUGUCGCCAAGGCUGGAGAGUAGUGGUGCCAUCUCAGCUUGCUGUAACUCUACCUCCUGGGUUUAAGCGAUUUUCCUGCCUCCUCAGCCUCCCAAGUAGCUGGGAUUGUAGCUGACACCACCACGCCUAGCUAAUUUUUGUAAUUUUUAGUAGAGAUGAGGUUUCACCAUGUUGGCCAGGCUGGUCCUCAACACCUGACCUCAAGCGAUCCGCCUGCCUCAGUUUCCCAAACUGUUGGGAUUACAGGUGUGAGCCACGUGCACAGCACAGUCACCAAACCUGUAUUGAGCACCUACUAUGUACCAGGUCCUGAACAAAGUACUAAGAACACAGAGAAAAAGGAUGGGAUUGUUGGCCAAGAAGGGGCCUGGGAAACCUGGGAGAGGAGAAGGGAAGGGAGGACAGUGAUGGGUUUGGCUGGGGAUGUACUGAGUUGGCAGGGCAGGGGGCAGCUAGGGGGCAACAGCCAAGUGGCAGCAGCACGCAUGGUCUGGGACUCAAGAAAGAGGUAGAAUUUGAGAUGCAUGAUGAAAAUCAAAUCUUGAGCACAACUUGGUAAACUUACCGAAAAUCAUUGACUUGUACCCUUAAAGUGAAUGAAUUGUAUGAUUUAUAAAUAAUACCUGGAUAAAGUUUUAAAAAUACAAUUAGAAGAAAAAACAAGAAGUCUCAAAGUUCCUAGGAAAUCAUGAAACAAGGAGGGAGAGAACGUUCCAGUCUGAGGGCGGAGGGCGCGAGUGAAACCUGGGGACCUGGCUGGAGUGGACAUGGGGUGUGGCUGAAGCCAGGGCCGCUUGGCAGGAAUGGAUGGAGCUGCAGACUCGCUCCUGGGUGGGUUGUACCAGUCAUGUCACUGAGCACUGGCGCUGCGCUCUGCAUCCUGGAGCAAAUCAAUCCUCCAACAACCCCAGAAGAAGGGAUGCCAGGUGGGGAAACAGGUUCAGAGAGGUUAAGCAGCUUACCAAGUCACAUUGUUAUUAAGAAGGUAUAUAUAUAUAUAUAUAUUUUAUGAGUUGGAGGCUCACUCUGUCGCCCAGGCUGGAGUGCAGUAGUGUGAUCUUGGCUCACUGCAACCUCUGUCUCCCGGGUUCAAGCGAUUCUCAUGCCUCAGGUUCCUGAAUAGCUGAUAUUACAGGCUCCUGCCCCCACCCCUGGCUAAUUUUUGUAUUUUUAGUAGAGACGGGUCCCGUCAAGUGGGCCAGGCUGGUCUCGAAUUCCUGACCUUGUGAUCCACUCGCCUCGGCCUCCCAAAGUGCUGGAAUUAGAGGCAUGAGCCGCUUAAGGGGUAGAAUCUGAGAUCCGUUAGCUCCAGAGUUUGGGCUCUUGAGUAACUCCGUUUCGCCACGUUUAACAAAUGUCCCGGGCCUGGCGCUGAGACACUGGCACUUCUAUGGCGCCAUCUGCUGGCCAAAACGUGCAGUUUGGCAGGCGACUGAAAGGCAUUGGUUCCCAGGCUUGACAGGAUUCCCUUCUUUCUUUCCUCUUCUCAACUCUUGCUUCUCCCAACAGCCCUGAGUGGGUGGUAGGCAGGAAUUGUCUAGCCUCAUCUUACUAAUGGGGAGACUUCUCAAAGAUGACCUGGACAAGUAGAGGAGGCCGUGGGAUUCCAACACCCCUCCAUGUGGUGCUCUCCACCUCCCGCUCUCCUGUGUGGACUUAGAUCCCGGAGCAUGUGCACCCCCGGAGCGGGUGAGGCCAUUCCCUCCCUGGCUGGCUUGCAGAUGGCGGACAGGUUCAGGUAGCGGCCUGACCUACCCAGCUCUGUCUCUGGGGUGGGGUUUGACCUGACACAGGUUUGAGCCUGUGUCAAACCUGGGUGAGGGGUUAGGCCAAGGUUCUCAAGGCCGAGCAGAAAGCUCUCACCCAGCCCCUCCACUGGGGACUACAAACAGGUGACAUUUCUGUUUGGGGAGCUGGCUCCCCCUUCCCUGUCCCCAGCCCUUCAGGAAUUCUGGGUCUCAGACUCUGGAAGGAGGGAGAGGAGAAAAAGAGAGAGGAGACAUAGGCAGAAGUUGGGGGACAGUAGGCCGGGAGAAGGAGGGGCAUGGGGGUAGGGCCAGAGCAAGGCCACAGCAGAUGACAGUGACAGCAACAGCACUAAGCAGAUGCUGCAAAGGUGCUUUAGAGGAAUUAUGAGUCCUAACCACCUCUGUGGCCCUGAGAGGUGGGGAGGAUUGUGACCCUCAUUGGCAGUGGAGGCGCAGUGUUUGGGAGCUUGAGUAAUGUGCCCAGGGUCACAUGGCCAGUGAAUAUGAAGCCAGAGUCAUAACCCAGUGACUCUGAUGAGAAGCAGAGAGAAGGAGCAAAGGGUGGACAACAGGCUGGGAGUGGGGACCAAAGGGGUCCCGCUGCCAGACUGUCUCAUGGCUGUCAUCGUGGGCAUGAGUGGGUAUGUGUGCCAGGGAGGGACAGUGUCUGAGAGUCUUGGCUGUCAAAUCUCGGUGACAGCCUGGUGGCAUGGGUUGUCUGACUGUGGCUGAGCAAUCUGGGUUGUUGAGGGGCCAGGUAGGCUUAUUCUCUCCCCCAAGAAGUCUAGGUCAACUUUGAGUCAUCCUUCACAGAACAGCUUAAAAGUCACCUUGUCUGGGAAGCCCUCCUGGUUGGCUACAAUGGGUUUGAAUUCCCAUGUAACACACUUGGCAUGCUUUUCCUGCCAAGUACUGAUCAUAUGUGUAAGUGGUUAAAAAUUUGUAUUUACUUAGUAGAAGCCCUAUGUUCUGAUUGAGUUGGAGCUGGCAGUGGGCAGGUACCGGGACUUUAGAUAAAACCAGACGUGCAGGGCCAGAUUGCAGAUGGAAGCCCUGGCCUUGAACAUUCAUGGUCUUCUGAGCGCCAUGCUGUGGACUUUAUUGAGAGAACCUAAACUGCUGGUGAAUCCCCAAGGCGUUCAUUGGAGUUUUAUCAAGCCAGCUUUCAUUAUGUCUGCUUAAUGUCCAUCUCUCCAAGCUUCCCACCAGACUGCAAAGGCCCAGGUGACUGCCUUGGCCCUACUAUGUCCCUAGAACUUAAAAGCCCCGUGAGUGGUUCUGGCAUUUAACAAAUACAUAUUAAAGGAAAGAAUGAAUCAAGGAAGCAUAGGUUUGGGUACUCAGCUAGGGAAGCCAGGUUUGUGAGUGAGGAGAUGAGGGGAUGGGAUCUAAGCAGGGCUGGAGUGGGCAGCAGUGGAGACCCACAAGGCCAUGAGUGGUCACCUAUGUGAUGGCGCCUCCUGGAAUUGUUCAGAGCGAUGCACAGCCAGUGGUAGUGGGCUGACUUCCCUUAAACACUGUUUAGGGAAGUAGAGCCUGACAGUGGAUUUUCAGGAACUGGCGAACCAGGAGGAGCCCUAGGAUUCCCUUCCUUCUUGGUCUCCCCGGCACCAGCUCCUUGCUCAGCCUCCUCGCUUCUGCAGUUUCUUGCAGCUGACCCUGAAGAGGCUGUUAAGACCUGGCUGUCACCUCCAUAGCUGCUCAGAGGCAGCAAGAAGGUGGCUGUCUGCAAGCCAGGAAGAGAGCCCUCACCAGGAAUCUGCUGGCACCUUAAUCUUGGACUUCCCAGCCUCCACAACUGUGAGAAAGCAAGGUUCUACUCUGACUGGGGAUCUUAAGCUGCCUGACCUGGAGAGAAAGCCCAGUGGAUGAAAGCUGUUAUCAAGGAGGAGGAAAUUCCUGUUUAGGUGGUCCCAUUCAGGCAGACAUCACUUGGGCAACAAAUACCAGUUACCAUUCAGCUAAGUGCUUUCCUUGUGUUAGGUCAUUGAAUGCUUAAGAUAUCUUCAUCUCAUUUAAUCAUUGCAAAAAGCCCUGAAGUGAGUACUAUUUCACCCUGUUUUAUAGAUGGGAGACUGAGGUUCAGAGAGGUGAAGUCACUUGCCUAAGGUCACACAGCUUAUAAGUGCUGCAGCUGGGAUUUGAACCCAAGGUCCAACCACUUAACUACUAUUCUAAUUGCCUCCUCUAAGCCUCAGUUUCCUUAUCUGUAAAAGGGGAAAAUAGUGUCUCUAACCUACUUCAAAGGUUGUUGACUAUUAAAUUACAAAGUUAAGGUCUGGUGAAAGGUGAGAAGCUCUCUGGACUCAGACAGACUUGGCUUUAAUCCCAGCUCUAUAACUUACUAAGUGGGUGAUCUUAAUUACAUUACUUCCCCUCCCAGAGUGAAUCUCUUCAUUGUUAGAAUGGGGAAAUGUGGUCAUACUUAUCUGGAAGGGUUGUCAGAAGGAGUAAAGGUGGGCAUCUGUUGGCAUGUGAAGCGGGAUUUGGACUGUGGAGGGGAGGGUGCUCGACAGAGGAAGGAGCCUGAGCCUGGAGGUGUUGUGUUAUUCGGAACAUCGCAUUGAAUAAGAUCCAGCUUGACUCAAACUUCAUUUGCUGAUGGCUUGACCCCCAGAGGAUACCCCCAACCCCUCCGCCUCCCCAGUCUGGUGAAGAUGUUAACCCAGCUUGUCUCAAUCCAUCAAUAAAUAUGGCUGGGAGUGGGAUAGUGGGAAAGACCUCAGAAAAUGAAGAGCAUGUAUUGAAAUCCCAGUCCCCUCACUUACCAGCAGUGUGACUUUGCAUGAGUCAUUUCACUUCUCUGAGUCUCAGUUUCCCCCUCUGAAAAAAUGGGGAUAACAUACACAAACUGCAGGGCAUUGUGGAGUGGGUUGAAUGGGCUUAGGUGGCAACCUUCUCCCUGAGGAUCCCAGCCCUCCCAUAUUGCAGGUGCCUGUGUACAGCUGGUGCUCAGAGAAUAGAGCCCCCUUCCUCUUCUGUGCCUUCUGUGGCAUCCUCAUCACCUUGACUGCCAUGAUUUCGGCUGGAAGCAAGCCCUGGACAUAGGGCUUCUGCUCUCUUCCCUGCUGUGCCUCAUGGUGUCCAUAGCCACUGUGCUGGGCCCUGGCAACCUUGUCCUGCUACUGGUCCUGCAGAUAGGUGCCCACUUGGAUUGCAGCCCCAGGACCUGUGCUCAACUAGAAAGGCAAGAGCUAACAUUCUGGCUCCCACCUCUAAUCUUACGAGGAAACAGGAGCAACCCUCAUUUUUUGUUUUAGUUUUAAAAACUGGCAUUAGCUGGGCACGGUGGCUUAUGUCUAUAAUCCAAGCCCUUUGGGAGGCUGAGGCAGGCAGAUCACGUGAGGUCAGGAGUUUGAGACUAGUCUGGCCAGCAUAGUGAAACCCUGUCUCUACUAAAACUACAAAAAUUAGCUGGGCAUGGUGGCAGGCGCCUGUAAUCCUAGCUUCUUGGGAGGCUGAGGCAGGAGAAUCGCUUCAACCUGGGAGGUGGAAGUUGCACUGAGCUGAGAUCAUGCCAUUGCACUCCAGCCUGGACAAGAGCAAGACUCCAUCUCAAAAACAAAACAAAACAAACAAAAACUGACAUUGAAGAUGUGCACUAUGGCUGUAUUGGUUGAUAAACAAUGCAAAUAUUUCUGCUCCAGUUGUUAAAUAGCAGCAGCUCCAAACCCUGUGAGUACCCCCAGCACCCUGUCAGUCUCAACCCACCCCAGAGACACUUCCACUGUUGUAAAUAACUCAAGAAAUAACACUCUAUAAUUAUAUUUCCUUUUGAUAAGUAUCUCAUGUUGAUUGCUGAGUCAGAAGGAUGCACAUUUUAAGACUUUAGAUUCGUAUUUCCAAAAUAGCCUUCAGAAAAAGUAUGCCAUUUGAAACUCCCACCAGCGAAGUAGGAGACUAUGAGAUGCCCAUUUUCCUUCAUCUUCAUCAACAACGGUUUUUAUAAUUUUUCUAUUGCUUGAAAACCUGGAAGAAAACCUGGAAGAUAAAAAGAUAUGAUAUACUGUUUUUUUGUUUUUGUUUUUGUUUUUUUUGAGACGGAGUUUCGCUCUUGUUACCCAGGCUGGAGUGCAAUGGUGCAAUCUCGGCUCACUGCAACCUCCGCCUCCUGGGUGCAGGCAAUUCUCCUGCCUCAGCCUCCUGAGUAACUGGGAUUACAGGCACGCACCACCGUGCCCAGAUAAUUUUUUGUAUUUUUAGUAGAGACGGGGUUUCACCAUGUUGACCAGGAUGGUCUCGAUCUCUUGACUUCAUGAUCCACCCACCUCGGCCUCCCAAAGUGCUGGGGUUACAGGCUUGAGCCACCGCACCCGGCCCCAAUAUACUGUUUUAAUUUGCCUUUUUUUUUUUUUUGAGAGAGAGUCUUGCUCUUGCUCUGUCGCCCAGGCUGGAGUGCAGUGGCUUGAUUACAGCUCGCUACAUGCCCAAGCAAUUCUCCUGAGUAGCUAGGACUACAGGCAUGUGCCACCAUGCUCCACUAAUUUUUAUUUAUGUAUUUAUUUUUUGAGAUAGAGUCUUGCUUUGUCUCCCAGGCUGGAAUGCAAUGAUUCGAUCCUGGCUCACUGCAGCUCCAUCUCCUGGGUUCAAUCUAUUCUCCUGCCUCAGCUUCCCAAGUAGCUGGGAUUACAGGUGUGCGCCACCACACCUGGCUAAUUUUUGUAUUUUUAGUAGAGACAGGGUUUCACCAUGUUGGCCAGGCUGGUCUCAAACUCCUGACCUCAGGUGAUCCUCCCACCUCGGCCUCCCAAAGUGCUGGGAUUAGAGGCAUGAGCUACCCCAGUCAGUGGCCUCUUUUUAUUGAUUUGAGUUUUUUGUUUGUUUGUUUUGAGAUAGUCUCACUCUGUCAUCCAGGCUGGAGUGCAGUGGCACGAUUUCAGCUCACUGCAACCUCCGUCUGCCGUGCCUCAGUUUCCCAAGUAGCUGGGAUUACAGGCGCCCACCACCAACACCUGACUCAUUUUUUUUGUAUUUUUUUUUUAAUAGAGACAGGGUUUCACCGUGUUGGCCAGAAGCAAUUUUGGUAUUGCCUCUUCCCUUUCUCCAUGGAGCUAGGAGGGGAAUGAUUUGUACUCUCAAUCCAGAAAGACUUCUUAAUAGGAGAAAUCUGGAGAAGAUGGAAAAUAAGAGAUAAUGAAAGAUUCCAAGUACUUUUUACUUUGGAUGAUUUUCUUCUUGAACCUACCCUUCCCGCUUCAAACCAUGGAAAGAUCACUGUGCUCUUCUGUAGCCAGAAUGACUGGGUCGCGCCCUCAUGGCAGGGUGGGGUCUUUCUGGCUUGCUGCACUCUCUGAGCCAAGUGGGUCUCCACCCAAGAAAUCUCCUUGCUCGGGAGCUGUGCUGAUGUUAGAAAGACCCAGCUGACUGUCCUCUUGCCAAGCCCUGGCUCAAGUUGUCUCUGAUGCUGACCAGCUGUGUGUCCUUGCCCUAUCCUUUAACCUCUCUGUGCCUCAAUUCCCUUGUCUCUGAAAUGGAGAAAACUGCCCACCUUUCAAGGGUUGUUGGGAAGAUUAGAAAAGGCCAUGCGUCUAAGGCUUUGGACACAAUGUCUGGCAUGGUGUAGGUGCUCCAGAAACACUUGUCAAAUCAGUAGCGGAUGGCUGUUUUCCUUUCCACUUGUUCUUGCUACUUUUGUGUGCAUGAUGUGUGCAUGUGUGUGUGUGUGUGUCCUUUCUUAACCUUUUUCCAACUGCAAAUUUACUCAACUUUUCAGAAAAGUGAUAAAGCAAACCCCUUCACUUUAACCUAUGCGAGUUAGGAAGCUUUGGUGACAAGAAGCAGAAAUAAGCUGGAACAAGUAGAAAAAACAGAAAGUGGGGAGAAUGUAUUAAAAAACACAAAGCUGGCACAGAUUCCAAGAGCCUGAAGCGGGGAUUCUUCUCUCUACUAAUCCCUGGAGGUGGACUGUGUUUUUCUCUGUCCUCCUCUCUCUCUCCCGCUCCUGUCUUCUCUCCAGACUGGCUUUCUCUUCCACUCAGUCAUGCACAGCCUCAUGACUGUGGCCACUCACUUCUCCCAGGGACAGUCUCAACUACCUGCAGAGACUCACUAACUGAUCCUAAGUCCCUAAACCAGGUUUCGGUUAGGGAGAUUCUGAUUGGCUCACACUGGGCCAGGUCCAAUCAGAUGUUGUCCCUUGAGAAACACACAGUGCGUCACAGCCUGAGGGCAAGUGAGUUCAUCAGAUCUUCUCUCGGUAGGCAGGAAAAGACUGGGCCAGCUGAGAGGCUCCGGAGGGACUGGGGUGGAGGUAACUGGAAACUGAAUUCAGAGCUCAUGGAAUUCUCCCCAGAAGGUCAGAGCUUGAAGGAGACUCACAUAUUGCCUGGUCCCACCUCUGCCCACAGAGAGGAAUGAGGCGCAGAGAAACAGGAUCUUCCUCUGUUGCCCAAGCUGCAGUGGUGUGACCACAGCUUACUAUAGCCUUGACCUCCUGGCCUCAAGUGAUCCUCCUGCCUCAGCCUCCCAAGUAGCUGGGACUACAACUUAGAGACGGGGUUUCACCAUGUUGUCCAGGAUGGCCUCGAUUUCCUGACCUUGUGAUCUGCCCGCCUUGGCCUCCCAAAGUGCUGGGAUUACAGGCGUGAGCCACCGCGUUCAGCGAAAACUACUUUAUAAGAGUUCCUGAGGGGCGGGGCGGAGCCGGCAAGAUGGCUGCGCCCGGUAAGACGACGUUUCCGGAGAAACUAAGCCACAAAAAGUACAGGGCCGCCCUGAAGAAGGAGAAACGACAGAAACGCCGGCAGGAACUUGCUCGACUGAGAGACUCAGGAAUCUCACAGAAGGAGGAGAAGGAGGACACUUUUAUUGAAGAACAACAACUAGAAGAAGAAAAGCUAUUGGAAAGAGAGAGGCAGAGACUACAUGAGGAGUGGUUGCUGAGAGAGCAGAAGGCACAAGAAGAAUUCAGAAUAAAGAAGGAAAAGACAGAGGCGGCUAGAAAACGGCAAGAAGAACAAGAGAGAAAGUUAAAGGAACAGUGGGAAGAACAACAGAGGAAAGAGAGAGAGGAGGAGCAGAAACGACAGGAGAACAAAGAAAAAGAGGAAGCUGUGAAGAAGAUGCUGGAUCAGGCUGAAAAUGAGUUGGAAAAUGGUACCACAUGGCAAAACCCAGAACCACCCGUGGAUUUCAAAGUGGAGAAGGAUCGAGCUAAUUGUCCCUUCUACAGUAAAACAGGAGCUUGCAGAUUCGGAGAUAGAUGUUCACGGAAACAUAAUUUCCCAACAUCCAGUCCUACCCUUCUUAUUAAGAGCAUGUUCACAACGUUUGGAAUGGAGCAGUGCAGGAGGGAUGACUAUGACCCUGACGCCAGCCUGGAGGACAGCGAGGAAGAAACCUACCAACAGUUCCUAGAUUUCUAUGAGGAUGUGCUGCCCGAGUUCAAGAACGUGGGGAAAGUGAUUCAGUUCAAGGUCAGCCGCAAUUUGGAACCUCACCUGAGGGGCAACGUGUACGUUCAGUACCAGUCGGAAGAAGAAUGCCAAGCAGCCCUUUCUCUGUUUAACGGACGAUGGUAUGCCGGACGACAGCUUCAGUGCGAAUUCUGCCCGGUGACCCGGUGGAAAAUGGCGAUUUGUGGUUUAUUUGAAAUACAACAAUGUCCAAGAGGAAAACACUGCAACUUUCUUCAUGUGUUCAGAAAUCCCAACAAUGAAUUCUGGGAAGCGAAUAGAGACAUCUACUUGUCUCCAGCUCUGACUGGCUCCUCCCUGAGCAAGAACUCUGAGAGGUGGGUGAGGAUGGGCCACCACGACGAAUACUACAGCAGGCUUCGGGGAAGGAGAAACCCAAGCCCAGACCACUCCUACAGAAAAAGUGGGGGAUCCGAGAGGAAGAGGAGUAGUCACAGGGGGAAGAAACCUCACAAACGCACAUCAAAGAGUCGGGAGAGGCACAGGCCACGCAGCAGAGGAAGAAACAGGGACCACAGCCGGGGCGGAGCAGCCAAAGCCAGAGCCACAGAAGCCGCCGCAGCCGGAGCCAAAGUUCCUCUAGGUCCCGAAGUCGUGGGAGGAGGAGGUCAGGUAAUAGAGACAGAACUGUUUAGAGUCCCAAAUCCAAAUAAACCUGUUUUGUUCUUAAAAAAAAAAAAGUUCCCAUAGUAGCAAAAGUCAGAACGCCUAUAUUCUCCUCCUGUCUCUGAAUGGCCUGAUUAGUUUGGAACUAAUCACUUGAAGCCAGCUGGUCUCUGAUCUUUUUUGUGCUCCACUAUGCCUCAGGGCUUAGCACAGCACUCUAAUUAAGGCUGGAAUAAACAAAUGUGCAGGAUCUCCCAGCUGGCGAGACUGAUAUGGUAACCUGUAUAUUCUAUUGACUCUUAGUAGCCUCUCCUUUUUUUCUUUUCUUUUCUUUCUUUUUUUUUUUUUUGAGACAGUCUCAUUCUGUUGCCAGGUUGGAGUGCAGUGGCACGAUCUCAGCUCAUUGAAACCUCUGCCUCCCGGGUUCAAGCAAGGCUCCUGCCUCAGCCUCCAGAGUAGCUAGGACUACAAGCAUAUGCCACCAGGCCCAGCUAAUUUUGUAUUUUUAGUAGAGAUGGGGUUUCACCAUGAUAGCCAGGAUGGACUUCAUCUUUUGACCUUGUGAUCCGCCCACCUCUGCCUCCCAAAUUGCUGGGAUUACAGGUGUGAGCCACUGCACCCAACCUAGUACCCUGAUUUUUUUUUUUUUUAUUUGAGACGGAGUCUCGCUCGUGUUUCCCAGGCCGGAGUGCAGUGGCGCGAUCUCGGCCCACCGCAACCUCCGCCUCCUGGUUUAGGCAAUUCUCCAGCCUCAGCCUCCUGAGUAGUUGAGAUUACAGGCAUGCGCCACCAUGCCCAGCUAAUUUUUUGUAUUUUCAGUAGAGACGGGGUUUCACCUUGUUGACCAGGAUGGUCUCGAUCUCUUGACCUCGUGAUCCACCCGCCUCGGCCUCCCAAAGUGCUGGGAGUAGCCUGAUUUUUACCAGUGCUGAAAGAGGGGCAAAGUUCCCAGGUGUAACCAUCAGUCGUAGCUACCACUUACCAUAGGGUAGCGUUCAAGGGCUUGAACCUUAGAGUCCAACACCCUAGGUUCAGCUCUUGGUUCUGCUGUUUCUUAGCUGUGUGAUAUUGAGUUGGUUCAUUUCUCUUAUUUCAUUUGCAAAACAGAGGUAAUAAAAAUUCAUUAAUAAGUCACCACAGUGUUUACAGAAAGAAAAAAUAAAAAAUACCACUGGGCACAGUGGCCCACGUUUGUAAUCUCAGCCCUGUAGGAGGCCGAGGUGGGUAGAUUGCUUGAGGUCAGAAAUUCAAGACCAGCCUGGGCAACUUGGUGAGACCCAGGCUCUACACACACACACACACACACACACACACACAAAUUAGCUUGGCAUGGUGGUGUAUGUGCCUGUAAUCCCAGCUACUCGAGAGGCCGGGGUGAGAGGAUUGCUUGAGCCCAGGAGGUCAAAGCUACAGUGAGCCCUGAUAGUGCCACCACUGUACUCCAGCCUAGGAGUGCACUCUGUCAUACUUCUGGGUAACAGAGUGAGACCCUGUCUCAAAAACUAAAAAUGAAAAAAUCUUAAAAAUUAGCCUGGGCAUGGUGGCACACUCCUGUAAUCCCAGCUACUCAGGAGGCUAAGGUAGGAGAAUCACAUGAACCUGGGAACCAGAGGUUGCAGUGAGCUGAGAUGGCGCCACUGCACUCCAGCCUGGGCAACAGAGUGAGACUCCAUCUCAAAAGUAAAAUAACAAUAAUAAUUAAAAAAUAAAACUUCAUUGAGUUGUGAGCAUUAAAUGAGAUAAUCUGAGUUAAGUGCUUAAAAUAGCACCAGGUACACGGUGAGCAUUACGUAAGUGUUUGCAGCUAUUGCUAAUUUAAAGUCCUGCUGACCAUGUGGUAGGCCCAUGUGCCAGGCUAGGCACUUUAUGAAUGGCUCUGGGUCACUUUGACUCUAAAACUUCCUCUUAAAGAAAAAUCAGGCUGGGCACAGUGACUCACGCCUGUAAUCCCAGCACUUUGGGAGACCGAGGUGAGUGGAUUGUUUGAGGUCAGGAGUUCAGACCAGCCUGGCCAACGUGCUGAAACCCCGUCUCUACUAAAAAUACAAAAUUAGCCAGGCAUGGUGGUGCAUGCCUGUAAUCCCAGCUACUUAGGAGGCUGUGGCAAGAGAAUCACUUGAACCCAGGAGGUGGAGGUUGCAGUGAUCUGAGGUCAUGCCAUUGCACUCCAGCCUGGGCAGCAAGAGCAAAACUCCGUCUCAAAAAAACAAAAACAGAAAACAAAGAAGUUGCCCAAAUCCUUUAUUGAUAGAUUGAUUGAGAAGGGGGUCAAGUAUGGUCUGGCUCUGUCACCCAAGCUGGAGUACAAUGGUUAGAUCAUAGCUCAUUGCAGCUUCAAACUCCUGGGCUCAAAGGAUCCUCCUGCCUUAUAGCCUCUUGCACCACUGGGAUUAUAGGUAUGUGCCACCAUUCCCAGCAGAUUCCCCAAAACCUAACUUUACCACGUUUUGCAGUGAGAAGGUAUAUCCAAACCUACUCCCAAAGGCCAAGGGAGCUGAGGGGCUGAAGAAAGAGGAUGACAAAUCUGGUUUCUCAGAAAGAAACAUGUGAGAGUCUUAGAACAAAAGUCAUGUUUCAGGCAGCCAUGAGACAAUGGAUCCCCGUACUGUUACCCACAAGACCCAGGACUCAUAUACCAUAGGGAAAGGGUCAUAUACCAUAUGUGCUUCUGAAGGAAUGUGUAGGACAACUGAGGUCAACUCUCUGUGAAAGGCAAAGUGUGACAUAGCCUAUAAUUUAUUUAAGAAGAGGAUUUAUGUGGAAAGUAAGAAGUUCCUCUUCAAAGUUUCCCUUCUUGUUAAAGAAUAAAGUAUAAAUGUUAAUAGUUUAUUUCAAAGACUAACUUCCUUCAAAGCCUUCUUGCUUUUUGCUAAUAACUCUUUGUUAAGCCCUUAUCCUAUGUAGCUGUUUGAUAUAAAGGAAUAAGUACAUUCUAUGUCCUUGUACUUUAACCAAGAUACUUAUUUUACACAUGCUCAGGCAUGUCCCAGCUAGCAGCCUAUGCCCCUUCCUUAUUUAGAAAUGUUAUUACUUUUCUAAGUUAUUCACAAACAACUUUCUCUUUUCCUUUGUUCUCCAUUGCCUUUAGCUAUUUAGGAAAGUUUUAACUUGUUAGCCAAUCAGGUUUAGCUUAGACUGUGAGGUCUAGCUCCAACCAAUGGAGAUAGGACACAGCAAUAAGGACCCAAAGUGUAAGAGAUAAAUAUUCCUGCCAUUGUUUGUUCAUUGUACUCUUGGGCAAGAUUGCUGAUGGACAGCACCCUUUCUGCAGAAAGUAAAAUUGCCUUGCUAAGAAAAUUCUUUGUCUGAGUGCUAGUUCUUUUUGGCACCAAAGAAUGAGCAUUUCUAACAAUUUGUGUAAGUGUUUAAAAUCGUUAACACCGAUCCAAGAUGGCUGAUCGCUAACAUCUUGGGAUUGCAGCUCCCAGUGAAAGCGCAGAGAACGAGAGGAUGCCACAUUUUCAGACAAAUUUUUGUUGCUUACGGAGCAGAAGACUCCCAGUGGAGGAGCCCCACGAGUCACCAGCAUGACUCUUGUGGCCAGUGCAGCAGUUUUGCUGGCACCUCGGCGUGGCAGCUCUUGGUGCAGAGUAAACGGGACCGGUUCCCCUUCUGACCGAUGUUUGGAGCUCUGGGAAGGCAGAGUCACCUAUUACGGACUCAAGAAGGAAGCCAGACUGGAGAUUCCUGGGCAGAAAAGCACCAUCAGUCUUAACGCCGCUGUUUUGGCCGGCACAGUGGGUUGCUCAUAUUUCGGCCCUGGGAAUUAACAACUUGGAUGUCCACUCAGAGACCUAAUUUGAAAGUUGGUAAUUACAAAGAUGACAGCUGGAUAAAUUUACAAUGAUGGGAAGAAACCAGUGUAAAAAGGCUGAGAAUACUCAAAAUCAGAAUGCCUCUCCCUCUAAAGAGGAUCACAGUUCCUCAUCAGCAAUGGAACAAGGCCUGAUGGAGAACGAAUGCGUUCCAAUAACAGAAUUAGGCUUCAGAAGGUGGAUAAUAAGAAACUUCUGUGAGUUAAAAGAACAUGUUGUAGCCCAAUGUAAAGAAACUAAGAACUUUGAAAAAAAGGUUUGACAAAAUCCUAAUGAGAAUAGACAAUUUAGAGAGGAAUAUAAGUGAAUUAAUGGAACUAAAGAAUACAAUAUGGGAACUCCGAGAAGUAUGCACAGGUUUAAACACUCGAAUUGAUCAAGCAGAAGAAAGGAUAUCAGAGGUCGAAGACCAACUUAGUGAAAUAAAACAAGAAGACAAGAUUAGAGAAAAAAAGGAUAAAAAGGAAUGAGCAAAAUCUCCAAGAAAUGUGGGACUAUGUGAAAAGACCUAAUUUACGUUUCAUAGGUGUACCUGAAUGAGAUGGAGAGAAUGAAUCCAAGCUGGAAAAUAUUCUUCAGGAUAUUAUUCAGGAAAAUUUUCCUAACCUAGCAAAGCAGGACAAGAUUCAACCCCAGGUAAUACAGAGAACACCACAAAGAUAUUCCUCAAGAAGAGCAACCCCAAGGCACAUAAUCGUUAGAUUCACCAGGGUUGAAACGAAGGAGAAAAUACUAAGGGCAGCCAGAGAGAAAGGUCAGGUUACCCACAAAGGGAAGCCUAUCAGACUUACAGCAGAUUUCUCAGCAGAAGCUCUACAAGCCAGAAGAGAGUGGGGGCCAAUAUUCAACAUCCUUAAAGAACAAAACUUUCAGCCCAGAAUUUCAUAUCUAGCCAAACUAAGUGUCACAAAUGAAGGAAAAAUAAAAUCUUUUAUGAACAA